CGCUCCUUUAUGUCUGCCCCAGUAUAAUACUAUAACACUAUAAUAAUCUGCCAUACUGAAUGUUGAAAGACAUGCAAUUUGGUUUUCAGUUCACUAGAAUUUGCCAUUUAACAAAAAAAACAAAAACCCCCCUGAAGCAGGUUUAUUCACAGCUGUGAAUGGCCAGGAACUCAGGGUGAAUUCAUAUUUCAGAACAAACUUUCCAAACCAGGAGAUAUUUUGCCAUAAAAUGUAAAAUUCCCUAAAAUCCCCCCCCCCCCAAUGUGUGACUGACCCUGCUGAGCCAUGUGCACAGACACUCAGGGCAAACUUUCACUUUCUCUUCCCACACUGACUCCCCCUCCAUCUAACUUCCGCCCUCACUCUGUCGUCACUUCCGGUCGCCGCGGCGCCUGUUUGGAAAGUAGCGAUGAGCAGCGCGCUGGCCAGGGGCUCGCACUCCCGCCGGGGCCGGGUUAGGGGCAAGCUGCUGCGGGGACAGUUACUGCCCGUGAAAAACGAGCCGGCGGAGGCCGAGGAUGACGGGGAGGAGGAGGACUAUGAGGAUGGAGACCCCCAUUUCCUGGAUGGGGAGGAAAUCGCCGGAGGGGGCGUGGCCGUAGCCUCCUGGACCCCCCAAAAAAGGACGGGUGAGACCCAAGCCACGCCCCCUUUUAUAAUGUACUAAGAUAGGCAUGGCACCUCUCAUAACACUGUCUGUCCUUUAACUGGGGCUCAGACAGGCUGACUGGCAGGGGAUCAUGGGACAUGUAGUCCACAACAGCUGGAGUAGCAUGGGAUUGCUCUCACUAUAUUAACAAACCUCUCCCCCUUUUAUAAUGUACUAAGAUAGGCAUGGCACCUCUCAUAUCACUGUCUGUCCUUUAACUGGGGCUCAGACAGGCUGACUGGCAGGGGAUCAUGGGACAUGUAGUCCACAACAGCUGGAGUAGCAUAGGAUUGCUCUCACUAUAUUACCAAACCUCUCCCCCUUUUAUAAUGUACUAAGAUAGGCAUGGCACCUCUCAUAUCACUGUCUGUCCUUUAACUGGGGCUCAGACAGGCUGACUGGCAGAGGAUAAUGGGACAUGUAGUCCACAACAGCUGGAGUAGCAUAGGAUUGCUCUCACUAUAUUAACAAACCUCUCCCCCUUUUAUAAUGUACUAAGAUAGGCAUGGCACCUCUCAUAUCACUGUCUGUCUUUUUACUGGGGCUCAGACAGACUGACUAGCAGAGGAUCAUGGGACAUGUAGUCCACAACAGCUGGAGUAGCAUGGGAUUGCUCUCACUAUAUUAACAAACCUCUCCCCCUUUUAUAAUGUACUAACAUAGGCAUGGCACCUCUCAUAUCACUGUCUGUCCUUUAACUGGGGCUCAGACAGGCUGACUGGCAGAGGAUCAUAGGAUAUGUAGUCCUCAACAGCUGGAGUAGCAUAGGAUUGAAAUAUUAAAACUAUUGACUGUGUCCAGGAAUAGCUGUUAUGUGGACACCCUCUCAGCCCUUUUGGUAUUACUGCAUUAUGAUAACUAGUACAUACUUAACGAGUAACUACAGGUAGUGGUGUUAAGUUACCUAGCCAAAGGGUAGGGUGGUGAACGUGAAAGUUAUUUUCAUACUGUGUGAGCCACUGAAAGCUAUUCAUUGCUACACUUUUAGAACAUUGACCUAGAAUUGCAUUCUGUUUAUUUGUGUGUGUUCAUACUAUGGAUGGGUAUGUAAUUGUAUUGAAAAAAGGUUUUAACUUUAUCCCGAAGAUCCCCUUUAAAUCUCAUAGAAAGCACAUCACUAUCUUUCAAUAUGUGGCAGAUAUAUGUACUUGACUAUUUUCUCUCUUUCUGUCACUUUUUUUAUUUUUAUAAAGUAAUUAUUAAAGAUGAAAAUGAAAUGGAACAUCGUGUGACUGGUGUCUUCCCUCUGGUGGAUCCUUGGUGGCGUGUAACCGUGGAGGUGAAAUAUGCCAACUCACAAUGUUUUACACAAGGACACCCAUCCUAUGAAAUUCUAGAAGAUGCACUUGGUGAAACAUCAAUGCUCUCGUUAUUUCUUCAUAUGUGUCAUGUUCCUGACGAAUCGGUGAAAGAGUUUGUAGACUGGUUGUCACAAGGCACUCCAGUGACUUUCUCUAAUCUGGAACAAAUAAUCCAACGUUAUGCAAAGAAAACCGAAUGCAUGGACUUAAUGCCGUACAUUAAGAAUUCAGGUACUGAUAUAUUUUCGGUGCUCUGUAUUUGGUCUUAUUUAGGUUAUACUGGGAUCUAUUUACCGAACAGUGACUUUAAAACCAAAAAAUUAAGUUCAAAUUUAUCAUUUUGCAAAUCCUCUGAUUUGUAGAUUAAUUCGAAUUAUGUCUAAAAUGUAAACUUUCUCCUUAAUCUGUUUUUGUUUUUGGUCCUCUUCCUCUUUGGACUCUAAGUCAUUUUAAGCCUCCCGCCGGGCUGGAUGGUGAGGAAAGGGGUUAAACUUACCUUUAUUCCAGCGCCGCGCGGGGAGCUCUCCGCCUCCGAUCCUCCUCUUCGUCUGAAUGCGCAUGCGAGACAAGAGCUGCGCGCGCAUUCAGCCGGUCUCAUAGGAAAGCAUUUAUAAUGCUUUCCUAUGGACGCUUGCGUCUGCUCACUGUGAUUUUCACAGUGAGAAGCAUGCAAGCGCCUCUAGCGGCUGUCAAUGAGACAGCCACUAGAGGAUUUGGAGUCUGGAUUAACCCAUUUAUAAACAUAGCAGUUUCUAUGAAACUGCUAUGUUUAUAAAAAAAGGGUUUAAUCCUAGAGGGACCUGGCACCCAGACCACUUCAUUAAGCUGAAGUGGUCCUUUAAUAAGUGGAAUAACAAAAUGUACUGAAGUGAUAAUAAUGCAAUGUAACUACAACUCCUAGAUUGUUUAAUCGGUCUUGUCCAACUUGUGCAUGCAUGAGACGCGCACACAUUAACAGGCCUGUGUAUGAACUGAUAGUUGUAGUAUGGCUGCCAUUUGUGUACAGACAUACUAUAUGAUGUAUGGAACAUAGGCUGAGUAACAAACUAGUUAUUAGAUAAACUCCUGUUGGACUCUGAUCAGAGAGAUGUUUUUCAUUGGUAGAGCCUUUUCCUUUUGAGUGGAUGUGGAUACUUAAAAGAUUACUAUUAACUACUAGUCAGAUUUUUCAUUUAAUUGGAUUUAUCUUUUAAAAGGGAUACUAUAGGCACCAAAAUGUCUUUAGCUUAAUGAAGCAGUUUUGGUGUAUAUAUCAUGCCCCUCAAAGGGAAAGUAUAGGCACCAGUACAACUAUAGCUUAAAGGGAUCCUAUAGUGCCAGGAAAACAAACCCGUUUCCCUGGCACUGUAGGCUCCUGGAGUCCUCCCUCUCGCCGGGCUAAAUCUCUCUAAAACUGAGCUCCUUGUCUUUCCUCCUCCUAAUACUGAUCCUCCUCUUUCACUCUCCUUUCAAGUUAGUGGUAUCCCCAUCAGUGCAUCCUUGCAAGCACACUGUCUUGGUGUCAUAGUUGAUUCUGGCCUCAACUUUGAGCCUCACAUCCAGCAUGUUACCAAGUCCUGUAGCUUCCAUCUUAAAAACAUAGCCCGCAUCCGCCCCUUUCUUACGCAGAUGUUACUAAGGAGCUUGUCCAUCUCUAGUUACUUCCUGCAUGGAUUAUUGUAACCCUCUCCUAAUUGGUCUUCCCAAAAACCUUAUUGCCCCGCUGCAGUCUGUAAUGAAUGCUGCCACCAGACUGAUUUUCCUCUCUAGUCGGUCCUCUCACACCUCACCCCUCUGUCAGUCCUUACAUUGGCUUCCUGUAUCCUAUAGGAGUCAAUUCAAAGUGCUAACCCAUACCUAUAAAGCAUUGACCGAUUCUAGCCCCUCAUAUUUCUUCACAGAUCCAUAGGUAUGCCCCUUCUCGGUCUCUCUGCUACGCCCAUGCCCUUCUCCUGUCCACUGCUCGCACGCAUGCGGGCGGCUCCCUUCCUAUGGAAUAGCCUGCCUACCGCCAUCGGACUCUCCCCUAGUCUUCAAUUGUUUAAAAAGUGCCUUAAAACCCAUCUCUUUAGGAAAGCUUAUGGCCUCCCAGAGUAACCUCUACCUCAUAUACCUGUCUCUUGCUCUCUCCUCCAGCUUCACUCCCACCUUAUUUGAUUGCUAUUUCCUGUCCUAAUGUGUUUUACACCCCACCUCCUAUAGACUGUAAGCUCGUUUGAGCAGGGUCCUCUUCAACCUAUUCUUCCUGUAAGUUUUCUUGUAAUUGUCCUAUUUAUAGUUAAAUCCCCAUCUCUUAAUAAUAUUGUAAAGCGCUACAAAAUCUGUUGGCGCCAUAUAUAUGGCAAUAAUAAUAUAGUGUCCCGUAACUUUUUAUUAAUUUAUUUGUAUAAUUUUUUAUGCUUUCAAAGUAAAACAUUUGUCUUCAACUUUUUUUAUUUAUUUGUAUAAUUUUUGUAUUAAAAUGUGUUUAAUACUUGUUGCAUGGUGAGAUGAAAUCAUGCCCUCUCUGUAUGUAUACUGUAUAGGUGAUUUAAGUGUUCUAUAAUAGAAUAGAUUGUAAAGAACAGAUACAUACAGUUUCAGUAACAAUAGUGCAAAUAUAAUAAAAUCUAUGUGGAUUUGCACACAGCUGACAGAUGUUUUGGAUUUGUGCAUUAAUUGUUGUACUUAAAUGCUCCUGGUGCAUGGCAUAUGUACUUUAUAUUUUAUAAAAAUAUUGAUUUUGUUUUGUAAACAUUAUUGAUGAUUGAUAUUCUAUUCUAUUUUUAUUGUAUUUUGAAUAGUAAGUAUUAUUAAUGAUUGACUAUUGAUCAUUCUAUUUAUUUUUUUGAAUAGUAAAAUUAAUGAUUUUGUUGUGAUUAAAUGUGACAUUUCGAUUACAGUCCAAGGUAGCAUUGCAUUGCGAGCCCGGGACAUCCCAUUGGUAUUGAGAUACUUACCCAGACUUUUACCACGCCAUGUGAAAAGUUUACUAAUGGUUGAGCAAAAGCAGCGUGGAAAUGAAUCUAGUAGCUCCCACGACCAUCUUUCAGAUAUCUUGCCAAAAAUUGAAGACUUACUAUGUUCUGAACCCUGGAAGCUUGGUUUUGGAUUGGUAAGUGUAUUUUAUGCCUAUUCUUUUAUAGACUAUUUAAAGAAAAAGGAACCAAAAACCCAUUUUUAAAUAGACAAGUUGAGGAAUGUUUAAAAAAAUUUAAGAUUCAGACAUGCCAAGCAUGUUAGAAACUUACCUCAAAAAGACUCCGUUAUUCACUAAGGUAAGAGAUGCUGGGAUUCACAUUGAACCCUAAGUAAAUUUGAGAUUUUACGCCAGAAUAGCCCGGUUAGAAACCUUCUCCAAGACCAUUCUGUUGUCGGCUUAACCUUAUGUCUGAAAUUCACUUUAAAUUUCCUUUUGCCUUUUCGGCAAUUGUCACUUUCGUGAAAUAACCCUGUCAUGUUUAAUUGCAGCUAAGGGGGUUAUAUCAAAUCUUGACUUAGGGUAGUGGUUACCUAUGCAAACAAAUGUGUCAAAAUGUGUGUUUUUGUUUUGUGUUAAGCAUUUUAGUGUCACAAUAGAAAUAUUUUUCAUUGUGUAUGUUUUAGGCAUGUUGUACGAGUCAAACUAUAAACAUUGUAAUAAAAUCCUUUUUCAUUCCAGUUUGUAACACUUCAGUUAUUAAAAGGACCACUAUAGUCACCCAGACCACUUCAACUCAAUGAAGUGGUCUGGGUGCCAGGUCCCCCAGGUUUUAACACUGCAAUGUAAACAUAGCAGUUUCAGAGAAACUGCUAUGUUUACAUUGCAGGGUUAAUCCAGCCUCUAGUGGUUGUCUUCCUGACAGCUGCUAGAGGCACUUCCCCGACGCUCAAUGCGAAAAUCGCAUUGCGCACGCAGAACGUCCAUAGGAAAGCAUUAAGAGCAUUAAUUCCUAUGGGCGUUUUUAAUCCACGCGUGCGCUUUCGGCUCCACUUGGGAGCCGACGUCGGAGUGGGGGAGAGGUCACCAGCGCUGAGGGAGCCCGGCGCUGGAUAAAGGUAAGGGGCUAAAGUGGUUUUAACCCCUUCAGCCCAGUGGGAGGUGGGCCCUGAGGGUGGGAUGGACCUAAAGAUUAUAUAGUGCCAGGAAAACAAGUUUGUUGUCCUGACACUAUAGUGGUCCUUGAACAUUUCAUUCAUCAUAAUUUCCUUUCCUUGUUCUCUAGAUUUGCCUAAAGUGUUUUAGACAAUCUUCAAAAUCUGCACAACUGGUAGAUCUUUUCUAUCUAGCUGUUGACCAUUUUCCAGUUAAGGACAUUAUACCUUUCCUUGAAACAGAAAAUCGAAUUGUAAAACCUAGUCCAAAGUAGUAUUUAAAUAAAUAAAUAAAUAAAAAAUAUCUACAUGUCCAACUUUGACGUAAUUUUCGAUUCACCACACAGUUUAACCCCUUAAGGACCAAACUUCUGGAAUAAAAGGGAAUCAUGACAUGUCACACAUGUCAUGUGUCCUUAAGGGGUUAAAGGACCGCUAUAGUGCCAGGAAAACAUACUCGGGUGCCCCCACCCUCAGGGUACCCCUCCCGCCGGGCUCUGGGGAGAGGAAAGGGUUAAAAUCUUAUCUUUCUCCAGCGCCGGGCGGAGAGCUUUCCUCCUCCUCUCCUCCUUCCUAGCGACGUCAUUGGCUGAAUGCGCAUGCGAGGCAGGAGCUGCGCGCGUAUUCAGCCUGUCUCAUAGGAAAGCAUUUACAGUGCUUUCCUAUGGACGCUGGCGGCUUCUCACUGUGAUUUUCACAGUGAGAAGCACGCAAGCGCCUCUAGCGGCUGUCAAUGAGACAGCCACUAGAGGAUUUAGAGGCUGGAUUAACCCUCAGUGUAAACAUAGCAGUUUCUCUGAAACUGCUAUGUUUAUAAAAGAAUGGGUUAACCCUAGCUGGACCUGGCACCCAGACCACUUCAUUAAGCUGAAGUGGUCUGGGUGCCUAGAGUGGUCCUUUUAAUGAAGAAACCACCUGUAAAGAAAUUGUAACUGCAUUUUCCAUUGUGUCUUUGUUUUAUACAGCUCGUCAGUAGGGAACUAAAACUUUAUCACUGUGAGGCAUCCUGGGAACAUUUUCUAUCAUGUGGCUCUCUUGUGAAUAACAUUCCUGACCUACAGAGACAUGCACUAAUUAUUUAUAAUGAACUGAAGAGAAAGUGCAAUGAGUUGGGGGACACCUACAUCGAACAGACCGCUAUUACCAAAGCUGUAUCAGAAAGCAUGGCUGCAGAUCAAGCAUGGGAUGCACUGAAGUUUUUAAAAGAUAAUGGUAUUGUAGUAAUGGAAGGCCAGCGGGUUUUUCUCCACAAUCUUUACCAGUAUGAAAUGGAUAUUGCUGAAUAUGUCCACGAACUUAUAGUGAACGAAUCCCAGAUAUUGAAUAUUGAGCCCGAAGAAGUGUUUAGAUUUGCUUCUUUUAAUCAGGCCAAAGAACCUCAAGACGACUCUAAUACAGAGAAUGAUAUUGGAGUCUCCUCCAGUUCAGAUCAGACUUCCGAUGAGUGUAUAAAAGCCUUAAAGAUAAUGGACUGUCCUCCUACCAGUGCAAACUCUUUUUCAGACGUUUUGGAUGAAGACCAGGAAAAAGCUGUCAGACUGAUAUGUUCUAACCCAGUAACUGUCAUAAGUGGGAAAGGAGGAUGCGGAAAAACCACUAUUGUGAGCCUUGUGUUUAAAUCCCUGAUUUCGAAGGAAGAUGAAGAGGUUAAAAUGUGCUCUAAAGCAUUUGAGAGCGAUAUGAAUAUGUCUGAUGAAUGGACAUGUGACCACAUACCGCAUAACUUUAAAAGCGAUGGUCCUAUACGUUUUUUACUUACAGCACCCACAGGGAAAGCAGCGUCUCUUUUAAAGAAAAAAACAGACCUCCCUGCUGCUACCUUGCAUCAGGUAAAUACGGCAUUAGAGGGGAUAUGUUACAUGAUCAGUGGUUUUACCAAAUUAACAAUGCUGUGCUAUUUUAUUUUACAAAAUUGAGAUUAAUUUUGCUAUUUUUUUUUCUUUAAUUUGCUGGCACAGCCAGUGUAGAAAAACUAAGAUUUAUGGGUACAAUAUCACUGGUCUCAUUCAUGGGACCUAACAAGUUAAUGGAAUUUGGUUACUAUUAGGCUGUUUAUAAAUAGCCAAGUUAUCAAACUUUCUACUGUUUUUAACAGCUAGUUGAAUUGAAAUGAAAAUGAUAUCUGAAAUAAUUGGAUUUGGCGUUUGUGGAUGGGUUUCACAUAGUUAACUUUCAGUUUAACCCUUUAAGGACACAUGACGUGUGACAUGUCAUGAUUCCCUUUUAUUCCAGAAGUUUGGUCCUUAAGGGGUUAAACAGCCGAAUGUGGAAAUUUAAAUGUCAUACUGCUGCCUUUUGCUAUUUCAUCAAUAUAGUCAUCUCGCUGUGCCAUGCUAAAGCUCAAAAAUGUUAUUUAGGUUUCUGUAAAAGCAAAGUUUAGACGGCAUUAUUCAGGCAAAAUAACUUUUCAAAUAUAUUGUAAGAUGAUCAUUGAAAAAUUUUGUUUUUAAAUUCUUUGUAAUGAUCACUGUACAGAAUACAUCACUUACAUUUUGUGAAACCCAACGUACCUUGCAUGAUGGCCUCCAAAAAUGCUAUAUUUUUGCUUGUCUUGACAUGAUCAGUAAUAUCAGGCUAUUUAUUUUUCCCUCUCUUGUGAGGCCUCAUAGAAAUAGCCAUGUAGAGGUUUUCUAAAAAAAAAUGCAAUGGCAUGCUCAUCAUAGGCAACAAGCAUUAAUUUUUACAUGUUGUAGUAAUCCGGAUGUGAUGGUGCAAAGACAAAUGACAUUCCGUAGAAUGUUGAUAAAAAUGAAGGUAAAAUUGCAGCUCCAACCUACCUAUCCUCCCUGAUGCACAAGUAUGUCCCGUCGAGGUCCCUGCUCUCUCCCGAAGACCUACGUCUAUCCUUUAUCCUCUGUCCAUGCUCCCACAUCUGAUGCUCAUCUUCUCCAGGGCUGCACCUUUUCUGUGGAACUCCCUUCCCUUCUCUGUUAGACUUUCACCCAGUCUCCACUCCUUAAAAAAUAUUUGAAAACACACUUCUUCAGGAAAGCAAAUCAUUUAAACUGUUAGUGGGGUUUCACCACCCCUCUCCCCCCUUCCCCCCCACAAUGACUCCUCUCCUGCAACUGUCAAAAAUAAGUUCUCAGUGAAUACUUUUCUAGCAACCUAUUUCAUUACCUCUACCUCUUAUUUGUGUCACUAUACCCCACUCCCUCUAGCAUGUAAGCUCAUUUAGCAGGGCCCUAAACCCCUCUGUUCCUGUGCGUCCAAUUUCCUGGUUACAAUUACGUGUCUGUUAGUCCACCCAUUGUACAGCGCUACAGAAUCUGCUGGCGCUAUAUAAAUAAUAAUAAUAAUUUUGCGACUUUCUUUAGGUGACCUGCAGUUACUCCCGUUGGAAAAAACAUCAUGAAGAGAAUCCUGAAAGCAAGACAAAGUGGAAGUUCUCCAGAGUGGAAGUUCUAGUUGUAGAUGAAGGAAGCCUUGUGUCUGUUAAUAUUUUGAGCACUGCUUUAAGAUUACUUACUCAAUAUGGAAAGUUGACGAGAUUAAUACUACUUGGUAUGUUUCCUCCUUCUAAAUAUGUUAUUUUUCAUAUUGGGAAUGUGUCCCAGACCGCGGUCGUGUUGAGAAUAAGGCGGGAGAUCGGCCGCGUCUCCUGCCUCAGAUUAGAUAGCAGGCCGCAAGGAGCUUCAUGCCCCUCAAACGUUGAGCAAAGCGUGUCAAGUUGGUCUAGGAGAUUGUCAAUGCUGUCUCCACAAGUCAUGAGGCGAUUUCCGCUGCUCAAACUAAUUAUUUCUCGUUUUCUGAGCUUAUAUCACAGGAUUAUCUGAGGAGGUCCCUCAGCCUGCAUCCUGCUUGCUUGGCGGUCAGGCCCCACCCCCAAUAUUUUAACUUUUUAAUGUUUUUACCAUAACUUUUUUUUUCUUCGCUUCGUUUAUUGGUUAUUUGCUACUACAAGUUGCACAUUAUUGAUGUAACUAAAGUGUAUGAAAAUAUUGCGCUUAUAGCUUUAGUUGUACCGAAAAGACCAGCAGUACUGCAGGUGUAUAGGGGACCCGGGUAAGAGGGAAAGCUGUUUUGCUCCUGGAACCAUAGCAACAUCAAGGUUUAACAAUUUAGAACAUCUAUCCCCAAGAACACAUCCACAUAUUUUUGUCUGCAUGUUUUCUUAGGGAGUAUAUGAAAAGCUGCAGACCUGCUUUCUGCAGCCUUUGCAAGCCCUACCUUCUUUCCCAGGCACCGUCUUUCAGUCUGUGCUAGAAUCAUUAGGACUUAGCGGCUUCUAGUGAGCCCCAUGCUUCUAUCCUGACCCAUAGACCUGUACGACGGAACAAACAAAACAUUUGCUGUAGGAAUAGCAUGAUGACCGGGAGCAAGAGAACCUCCUUACAUCUUACUUGGUCCUCAACUUAGACACGUAUGCUGUCGGUUUUAGAGGUCUUAUGCCAAGGAUUGAUUGACAGGAAGGGGUGUGACCAUAUUUAGAAAUUAUUAAAUUAAAAUCUAUAUAUCUACUUGCAUGUUCUGCUAGCACAAUCUAGCGACGAAAUGCAAUUUUAACCUAAGUAGUGUGUGCCGUGACAGGUACGCUUUAUUUCCAUUUCAUGAAAUUUUACUGGUAGUCUGUGGUUUAAAAAUGUUAUGCAACAUGUCUCAUACAUUGCCUCUUUUAAUUAUUGACAGGAGAUGUUAGACAAUUACCCAGCAUUCAGCCUGGAAACCUGCUUGCAGAUAUAUUUACAGUUCUACAUAAAAUGAAGUGGGCAGUUGAGCUUAGAACGAAUCACAGAGCAGAGUCCCAGCUCAUCGUUGACAAUGCUACAAGGUAAGAACGUGGAAAUACAUGUUGAAUGAGAUAUUGUGAAACCUGUAUAAGUGUGCUCUGUCUUUCUCUGAUAGAAAGGAGAGACUAUACAUAAUAUGAUAUCUAAUAUAUCAGAUAAUUGUCUUUGAAUAUAUCUCGCCACUGCUCAUAAUAAAUAGAAUAUUUUAGAAUGCUGCUGGAAAUCCAUUCCCUGGCUUCUAGGACCAGCUUCUAAAAUACGAUCUUUUAGCAAGUGAAAUAUUCCUGUUGUCUAACUCAGUGUAAUUUUUACAAAGGUUACUGUCAUUGUUAAUAAUUCUCAUGCCAUUCUUAACAUUACCCAGUUUUCUACUUUCCCAACGGCAUACAUAAUGAUCAGCUUGUUAGAUUUUGGUAUUCAUGCUAGAGAACUUGAAGAUAAUACUUAAGAAUAUAAAUAAAAUAGUCUCACCGUGCACGUUGCAGGGAAAAUUGAUGCUGAUAGAAAUCCGAGGGCACCCAUGAGUAUUGAAAAUAUACAGACUGCAUUGUAUAAAUGUAUAGUCCAAUGUUCCUGAACUACUGAUAAGGCACUUUGUAAGGCUUUACCGUCUCUGCAUUAUUAAAUAUAUGGAAGAAAAUAAAUCCAAAUAUAUUUUGUACAGGCAGUGCCAUCAAAGUGUCGUAAUAUUUUCUCAGCCUUUAUAUAUCAAUGAAACAGGGAAGCCUGUAAUCCUGGCUUCUGAUAUUCAUAUAUUUUUCUGAACAAUAAGUACUAUAGAUUUUCAAAGUUAAUCAGUAAGAUUUUUCUCCAUUUUCUGAGCUAUCCUCAGCACCAUUGUCUUUCUGAAACGCCUGUGCUGGCACCUUGCUUAAUAGAAGUUGCCUGUGUUACAAUUGUAUUCUUACGUUUGCGUCAGAACACAAAACAGGACCUUCUGAGCAACUAGAUCCGCUGAGUACCUGCGCUGAUUUUGGUAUGCACAGCUACGUUAAAGCAGAACCACAUUACCACACCAACUCAUACCAAGUUUGGACCUUGGUUACUGGCUGGGAGCCAUUAGUUGACACUCAACCAAUGAAUAAUGUCCAAUCUAGGUAUAAUAAUGCGGACAUGUGAAUUUACACUUAACAGACUUUGAAGCAGCACACGUGCCAAUCGGAAUCCGUUAUCAAACUAUUUAGAAAUGGCUUUUCUGCAGCACCAGGAACUCUGGCACCAUACGCACUAAAUUGCACAGCUGUGUCCCUUUCAAUUAAAAAGAAUAGGGUUAUAAAAAAUGCAAAAUAGAAAAUGCAGAUGGUUCGCACAGAACCCGCUUUACGCUCGAUGAAGUGUAAUGUAAGUGGGUCAUAGGUUGUUUCCUUUAGGUCAGGGAUUCCUAACCCAGUCCUCAAGUACCCCCUACCAGUCCAGGAUUUAGGGAUUACCCUGUUGUGUCUAAAGUGUUUUUUUUCUUUCUUCUUUCUUUUCUAAAAACACUUUAAAAACAACUGGGUAAUCCCUAAAUCCUGGACUGUUAGGGGGUACUUGAGGACUGGGUUGGGAACCACUGCUCUAGGUGAUGGGUGACUUAAUUCAAUGGGAAAUAGUGUAGGUUAUGUGAAGUCAUGCAAAAAAAAAAAACCUGGUUUGAAUGUGGGGAACCUUUUAAAACAUGUUGUUGCAGCUAUUAAGCUUAAUACAUUCUAUAUUGACGUGGCAGGCGGCAUUCCCUCCAAUGGCCAUUGGAGUAACUUAAUGUCCUCCAUUUGUCUAAAUGAACAUAGGGAUUCUUUUGGUUUUUAACUGUAUAUUGGGGCUGAUGUGUACUGUGGUCAUUGCUGCUGCCCAGGAGUGAUGGGAGUGAGCGCAGGACUUCUCUUUUUGUAUUUGUAUUCACUUUUUGUAUCACACAGCUUUGUUACAAUGCAGCCGCCCAUCCCAUGUGUUCCCUAUUAAGUGUUAAUAAGUUAAUAUAUUGGGGUGUAUAUAAAAAAUACCCGUCUCUGUCUCAGUGGAGAUAUAUUUGCCAGAAUCUCAAGGAAGCAAGGUGAAGGGUCAGUGUAGGACCUGCUUAGGGGGGUCUGCCUUGACGUUGGCAGGCAGCAUUCCCUCCAAUGGCCACUGGAGUAACUAAAUGACCUCCAUUUGUCUAAAUAUACAUAGGGAUUAAGGAGAGAGCACAGGCAACUUGUUUUUUUUCCCUUUGGUGUUUAACUAUAUAUUGGGGCUGAUGUGUACUGUGGUCAUUGUUGCUGCCCAGGAGUGAUGGGAGUGAGCGCAGGACUUCUCUUUUUGUAAUUGUAUGCUAUAUUAUAGACUUUGCUAUGUGUGUGUUUUUUAUCCAGAAUUUCUCAGCAAAACCCAAUUGAGUUCGAUGCUAUUAUAGAUCUCUCCCGUGGUGUGGAAGUUGAAAUACCCAGCGAAGAUAAGAAAUUUAUUUUCAUUUCUUUGCCCAAUGGCAGUGACUAUGGUAAGCCUUUCUAAUGUAGCAGGACAUAGUUGUAAUUUUUAUAACUUUCCAAUAAUAUGCCAUUCUUGCAAGCAAUUCACAUUUUUCAUGUAUAUAUUUUGUGUGAUCAUGUGUCUGUGGACCUGCAAUUAAUUAUGCUUUUCUUCAAUCUAUCAAUUUAUUUUGAUAUUUUUCUUUUUUUUUCCUUUUCUUUUUUUUUUUUCUCCCCUUAUAAUUUUUUUCAAGAUUUGACCUAUCCUGUAGAAGAGAUACCUUUGGAAUACCACAAUGUCUGUACUGGUGUGGAAUAGGGGAUUAUUUGCUAAACUGUGAAUUGAUGUGAACUUAAAGUGGAUUUAAAAUUCUAGGGCCCAAAAGGUGAAUUGGAAAAAUUCUAAUAGCUUUUGGUUUUCCAUUUUGUCCGACAAAAUGAAAUUCCAUUUCAAUUCUCACUUUGGUGAAUAACCUUGACAGUAUUUUGUCAUUAAUCACCAAUUGUUUUUACAACAAGUCUUUUCAUACCCCUUUAAAACAAAUAAUGGUAAUGUCGUUGGAUCUUUUUAUUUAUAUAUGUUUUGAUCUUAUAUAUCAGAUCUCCAGGUUGCCAUAGAGAAACUUCUAAAGGAAGGACCAGGAUUACAGGAUGAUAAAACAUCUCAGUUUAUUGCAUUUAGAAGGUAAUUAUUCAUUCGGCUGGUAAGUGUUUUAUCCAGAUAGUGCAAUUCCUUGUGUCUCACACUAUGUAGUCUAAGUGUAAGUUUCAUGUUGGUAUUGUAGGUCCCAGGUCCUCAUUAACCUGGCAAUUGAGGUAUGGGAGGCUUCCUUAUCUAAUACGCUGUGGAUUUAGGUUGAAUGUAAUAUUUAAUAAACUGUUAGGACCUUUAAGCUCAGUUUUGAGAUUGACCUUGGACGUGCACUCUCGUCUCUCCAUAUGCUGAUUAGAAUAGCUGUCUGUUUUCUCCUUAUAACUUUUGAUACACUGUAGGUUAAUGCUGCUGGCACAGCUAAUGUCUAGGUAUAAUCUGUAGGUUAGUGCUGCUGGCACAGCUAAUGUCUAGGUAUAAUAUCAGGGUAUUCUUUAAGUGUGUUUCUGAGAAAACAGAUCCUUUAGCUUUUCUCACACUUUCAGUAAUCUUAAAGUGUCACUGUCACGCCAAACUUGCCUUUCUCCUAUUGUUUCCUCUUCUCUUCCUCUCUUGGAAUCUGCUCUUCUUUUAAAUAACAAGCGGAAACUCUGCUGAUACUUAGUAAUAUGUGUCUAUUUUUCAUUGAAUAAUCUUUACUAGAUUUCAGUGGGACACUACAGUCACCAGAACAACUACAGCUUGUUGUGUUUGUUCUGGUGUGUAGAAUCAUUCCCUUAAUACCUUUUUCAGUACACACGUUUUUUUCCCAGAGAAAAGGCCAUGUCUACAUUACAGCCUAGGGAUGCCUCCACUGGCCACUCCUGGACACUUUGUGUAGGUAAAACUCUAUAUUCAAGGUUUAUCACACAUCAAAAGUUUCAAAAACAUUUAUUCUUCCAUCCUGUCCUAAUGUGUCUUAUACCCCACCUCCUAUAGACUGUAAGCUUGUUUGAGCAGGGUCCUCUUCAACCUGUCGUUCCUGUAAGUUUUCUUGUAAUUGUCCAAUUUAUUGUUAAAUCCCCCCUCUCAUAAUAUUGUAAAGCGCUACGGAAUCUGUUGGCGCCAUAUAAAUGGCAAUAAUAAUAUAGCCAAAGUAAAAUGACAAAGGACUUGGAUAAAUAAAAGCAUAAGCAAAGUGCACAUAACGUACAUAAUCCACAUAAAUUAUUCACCAACUGAUUUUUAGCAAAACCACUUUGACAAAGUGUAUUUGUGUAGAUUUAAAAUGAAUUCUUAUACUGUGUGUUCGUGGCUGUCAGAGUGUGCCUUUAAUAACUGCUGGAUUCUUAGCAAACCAUAUUGGCAUGAUGGCAUAGCAGCUAUUCAUAUGAUGGCAUUGAAGCUUGUCUCAGACUGGAGUAUUGAUAUCUGCAAGGAAGGGUAGAGCUCAACAUUCCAUAAGGGAGUAUCAGGAAUUCAGAAUAACACCGAAAUAUGAAGAAGAUGGCAAAAAAUUGAUAUUAAAGUACCUAUACAAUUACCUUCUUUUUAAAAAUGUAUUUAUUUAUUUUUACUUUUUAUUUAUCAAAAAUGAAUCCCGUACAAAAUCUUAAUAUUAAAAAUUCCAAUAUAUAUCAUAUAUGAAUACGGACAUUUUCAAUAUUCUUAUAUUUCACCGAACAAUUAAAACAUCAAAAACAACAAAAAAUAUAUAAAUACAAUGGCAGAUAUUGAGGCUUGCUCUGAUUAAUCUUAAGGUAAUUAGGUGCUAGGAAAAAACAGCAUAUUAAUGCUAAAUAUCAUUUUUCCUGUUUCCUAUUCCCUAUUCAUUUCCCUUUACCAUCUUUAUUCUUUUUCUUUUAUUGUACAAGGUUUUUAUAUAUGUCCCAAUUACCAUACAUUUUCUCCUUCUAACAGAUCUUUUUAAUCCUUCUAACACUGCAUAUGAUCAGCAUAUUGAUCCCCACAUCUCCAACAAUUAUGUAAAGCAUUUGGAAAUAUCCUAUUAAUACUUUUUGGGGACUCUAUACCAACGAUUUACCAAUUUAUACUGUGUUUCAUUAAGGUUCAGACAGUGUAUCGCUCUGUAACAUAUAUUUAAUGCCUUAUUCCAUUCUUCUUCAUUAAUUUGGAUCUGUAAAUCCUCCUACCAUCUUAUUAUAGCAGUAAUUGGGAUGCCUUUUUUUACAUAUUUCAAUAAUUUCAAGACAUUUUGUUAUUAAAUGUUUAUAAUCAUUUUGUCUAAACAUUUUGUUAAAAAUGUCGACAUUUGAGAAUUAUCAUUAAAGGGACACUAUAGUCACCAGUGCAACUACAUGUAUUCCUGACCCUAUAGUGUUAAAACCACCAUCUAGCCCCUCUGGGCCCCUCAUGCCUCCAUAAAUAUAGUAAAUAUCUUACUGUAUUCAAGCCUGAAGCUGUAAAUCUGCAUGCUGUUAUACUCAGAAAAACAAGCAGUCUGCUGACAUGUGGUAGCCUGAUCCAAUCACAGUGCUUCCCCACAGGAUUGGUUGAGACUGACAAAGAGGCAGAUCAGGGGCAGAGCCAGCAUGAUUCAAACACAGCCCUGGCCAAUCAGCAUAUCUUCAUGAGGAAAAUUCAGUGUCUGCAUGCAGUGGGAGGAGAUACUGAAUCACAGGAUGCUGUGCACAGUGCUGCCUGGUGCUCUGCUGACAGCAGAUCUGAGUGGAUGGAGGCAUAUUAUGCCUCCAUCAACUCCGAAGUCCCUCUGGUUCACUCUGAGUGACUGCAACUGGAGGUGUUCCUAGCUUUCAAUGUAAACACUGUAUUUUCUCAGAACAUACAGUGUUUACAUGAGAGAGGCUGCAGGGAGCUAUAGUUCUCACCUGAAGAACCUCAUUAAGCUGAAGUUGUUCAGGUGACUAUAGUGUCCCUUUUAAUAUACAAUUUAUCAUUUAGAAAACCUUUAAUUCUGAGAUAUUUAAAUAUUUAUUGAUCACCAAGAUUAACUUCUGUUUGGAGUGCAGCGAAUGAUUUUAUUUCUCUCUAUUAAAUUAUGAAUUUCUAUGAUUCCUUUAUUUAUCCAUGGUUGAAGGUCUAUAUUUUCCAUUAAGCCACUUAUAAUUUCUGAAGGUAGACAAGGUAAAACGUUGUCUUUUAUCUUAGCUUUAUUUUUAUAUAUAUAUAUACGAAUUUGCCAGAAUAUGGUUUAAAGCUAUGUUCCCUUCUAUUAUGUUUGAAGAUUUCAAAAAAUUCUGUGAUUUCCAAGUGUUGAGGUUUAAAAUCUUUCAUUUCUAUUAGCUACCAACUGAUCAGAGUUGACAGCUGACAUUUAAUGUGGAUAAGUGCAAGAUAAUGCAUCUUGGACGUAAAAUCCCAAGGGCAGAGUACAGAAUAUUUGAUAGAGUCCUAACCUCAACAUCUGAGGAAAGGGAUUUAGGGGUGAUUAUUUCUGAUGACCUAAAGGUAGGCAGACAAUGUAAUAGAGCAGCAGGAAAUGCUAGCAGAAUGCUUGGUUGUAUAGGGAGAGGUAUUAGCAGUAGAAAAAGGGAAGUGCUCAUGCCAUUGUACAGAACAUUGAUGAGACCUAAUUUGGGGUAUUGUACGCAGUACUGGAGACCGUAUCUCUAGAAGGAUAUUAAUAGUUUGGAGAGAGUUCAGAGAAGGACUACUAAACUGGUUCAUGGAUUUCAGGAUAAAACUUACCAGGAAAGGUUAAAGGAUCUUAACAUAUAUGGCUUGGAGGAAAGACGAGACAGGGGGGAAACAACACAGUAAAGGAGGAAACUAUAUUAAUAAGAAGAAAAAUUACUGCAACAAGAGGAUAUAGAGUUAAAUUAGAGGGGCAAAGGUUUUAAAAUAAUAUCAGGAAGGAUUACUUUACUGAGAGGGUAUUGGAUGCAUGGAAACGCCUUCCAGCUGAAGUGGUAGAGGUUAACACUGAAAAGGAGUUUACGCAUGCGUGGGAUAGGCAUAAGGCUAUUCUAACUAUAAGAUAAGGCCAGGGAAUAAUGAAAGUAUUUAGAAAAUUGGGCAGACUAGAUGGGCCAAAUGGUUCUUAUCUGCCAUCACAUUCUAUGUUUCUAAAAGCUCUAUUUAUUUGUGAUAUCACCGCAUGUACUAAUAAAGCACGUCUGCAUAUUCUUGAGCAAUUGGUAUUCCAUGUCCUCCUAUAUUUUUUUUUUUUAUUUUUUUUUAAGCAAGUAGUUGUAAAUUUAAUCUGAGUUUCUUAACAGCCCAUUUAAAUCUAGAAAAUGCGGUCUGGAUCAUAUUUAGCCAUGGAGUUGGAAUUUUAAAAGGAACCAUUCUGAAUAUAUACAUAAACUUGAGGAGCAUAUAUGCCUUCACUGUGUUUAUUUUCCCCCACCAGGAAAUUUCCAUCAUUCUCCAUUCUUUAAAUGAUCUAUUCGUAUCCUUUAUUAGUGGGAGUAAAUGUAUUUCCAUCCAUUCACUAGGUUUAGUUGAUAUUUUGAUACCCAAAUAUGUAAAUUGAUUGUUUUCCCAUUUAAAAUUAUAUUUAUCUUUCAGAUAAUUUAUUUGAGUUCUAGACAUAUUUAAGGGGAUUACUAUAGAUUUUGUUUCAUUUAAUUUGUAGUUAGAUAAUAAAGAAUAUUCUUUUAUACAAUCCAUAAUCCCGUCUAUUGAUUUUACAAGGAUCUUCAACAGUCAAUAGGAUGUCACCGGCAUGUAAUUUAAUUAUCUGUGUAUUCAUUUUAUUAAAUACUUGAAUUUUAGUAUGGGUUUUUAUUUUCCUGGCUAAAGGUUCUAUUGUGAGGAUAUACAACAAGGGUGAUAAAGUGUUCCGUUCGUUAAAUAAAACCAUGGUGAUACAAUACCAGAUCCUAUUACCUCCUGGUUUAGUGUAUAGUGACGUUAUUACUUCAAAUAUUCUUCCCCUUAAUCCAUAUGCCUUCAACGAUUCCGCCAUAUAUCCCCAGCCAACCCUGUCAAAUUCCUUUUCAGCAUCCAAUGACAGUCAGCUGGGGCACGCCAUUUAAUCGGGAUUGAAUAAAUAUUUAUUUAUAUUCAUAUAUUUGAGUUAUCUCAUGUGUCCAGUUGGAGAUCUUGCUGGGACAAAUCCUACUUGGUUAUUAUGAAUCACUAUAUCUAAUAUUACUUUUAACCUCUCUGCUAUUAUGGCUGCAUAUAUUUUUACAUCUGAAUUUAGAAGAGAGAUUGGUCAGUAGCUGGUGAUUUCUUCUGGGUUUUUAGCUGGCUUUAGAAUAGGUACUAUAUUUCCUUGCAGCAAUUCUUCAGGUAUGGCUCCUUUAUCGGCAAAAUUAUUGAAAGCAUCUACGAGGCCAAUUCUUUUGUAAAUAGUUUAUAGAAAGAAACAUUAAAACCAUCUGGUCCUGGGUCUUUCCAAGAUUUUUGUUUUCUUAUAGUUUGGGAUACCUCUUCUGUGAAAGGUCUAUUUAGCUGCUCUAAUAUCUCACUAGAUGGAUUUGGUAAAUCCAUAUGUUUAAUAUGUUCCUCAAUUUUAUUUCCUGUUAUCCCUUGUAAAUUAUAAAGUGACUCCUAAUAUUUACAAAAAGUUUUACCUAUUUAGUUUGGUGCUAGAUAUGUUUUACCUUCAUGUACAAUUUUAGAGAGAGUUUUGUUUUCGCUUUUGUUUUUAGUUUAUUGGAUAAAAUUAUAUAAGCUUUAUUCCCCUUGUAGUACCAUAGGGUUUUUAAAGAAUAUAACGUUUUAUUAGUUUUUCCACUUACAAAUUGUUUCUUAUUUUUAAGAUCUUGAAUUUCAUUGGAUAGAUUUUCUUUUUCCUUUAUCUACAUUUUUCUCACUUUCCAUGUGUUAUCUAUAUAUAACUUUUGUGGAACUACUUUUCAUAUAGCAUUCACUUCUAUUUCUAUUUAGUGUCUUAUUCAGUGAAAUACAGACAAUUAUUUAAUGUGAAUCAUAAUUAAUUCUUAUUAACCCAUAUUCUUAUAGAUUCUAAUAUUGUUGUCUAAAUAUUUUUGAAAAUAUCAGUUCCUUUUCCAUUGUAUAAAUAUCUCAUUAAUUUCUUUUCUUCCACCUCUUUUUGUAUAUCCAAUUUCAAAAUAAGAUCAAGACAAGAAAAAAAAAAGAAAAAAAAACAACAUUCAUCAGUCCAUUAUAUAGGAUCUAUUAUUUUGUUAUCUAAUGCCCAUAUUCUUUCUUUUUUGGGAGUGUCGAAUGAGUGUUUUAAAAUCAUAUGCGAGAAUUCUCUUUACUGGGUUCCCCCACUUAUAUCUAAUGGGUUUUUUUUCCGGAGUGUUUUUGUUGCAAAUAACCAUUUCUUGAUUCUUGUAAAAAAAUAAGUCUGUAAAAUUAUGCUUCUGUGGUAUGGUUCUUAUAAUACAGUUGUCUUCUUUGCUUUUAAUAUUUUCUCCCUCACCCCGAACGAGGAUAAAGAUAGAAUGUCUCUAGGUGGAUCACCUGCUGAACCAGGUGCCUUUCCCGUUCUAUGGCAUCUCUCCCAUAAAUGUGCAUAGCCUUCUUGUCACUCCCAAUUUAGAAAACAAAUCUUUCAUUUUUCUCUCUCCAUGUAAUAGAUUCAGAUAUUGCUCUUACUCUUAAAUUAUUUUGUCCAGCAUUUUUUUUGUUCCAGCAUUCCAAUUUUCUUCUCAUUUUGUAUAUUUAUUUCUCUAUAUGCCAGACUUUGUCUCCGGACUUGCAAUUUUUUCUUCAUUUUCUUUGAUUUUAUUUCCUAAUGUCACAAUGUCCUUUCCUAAAUCUUGUAUAUUUAGAUGAAUUUAAUUUUUUAUUUUCCCAAGUGCAUUCGUAAGAUGUGUCAAAGGUUGUUCUUUUGUAGAUAUUAUUUUUUCUUUCUCUCAUUCAUCUGUCGGAUAUAUUGUUGUUUCUGCAAAUUGACUUCUCCAUACUUAUAUUUGUGGUGUUGGGAGUAAAAAAUGAUAACCGUUUUUCAGGUUUAGCUUUCGUCUUUUUUGUUUGUGAUUUAUUUUCUGUUGGAUUUUUAAAAAGAAACAAAACUUUUUUUAGUUCCCACAGCUAAGUUUUAGUAUGUCCUUUACUUUGUUUGACGUCCUUAAUUACCGUAUGUCUCUUAAAAGAGAGAAUAAUUAUGCGGUUUGUCACCAGUUAGAUCGGGUGUGGUGGAUUACUUUCAAAUAUAACUUUUAAUGGUACAAAGAGCAAUUUUCUCUGAUAUCCAGUGGGGAUUUCUGCUAAAUUGGGAUAUGUAUUUUUAUCAAAAUCCCUCUUACACACACUCUCUGUGCUUUUACAUAUAUGUCCUUCUCCCUUAAACACAUAAUAGGAAGAUAUUUAUCAGUGAAAAAAUGAAAAAUACAAAAACAAACAAUAUCUUUGCUACUUCAAAAAGCACUUCUCUCUUUGCCCACAGCUUCGAGUGUCACUGUUAAAUAUCUUAGACUUUAACUGCAAUAACACAAUCUAUCUUGAUUUCCCUUUCCUUUAGUUAUCUGUCUAUUUUCUCUUUUUUUUCUAUCUCCCCUACACCAUCUAUAGCAGAUUAGACCAAAUAAAAUGUAUCAAAUCAUUUCAGACAUAUAUGGGAAAAUCCCAAAAUAUUUGACUUCACUUACCUGCUUUCAGCUAGCCGUUUUUGGUCACUGUUCCUCUUUUCUCUCCUCUCCCCAUUUAUUCCUGCUUCGCUUGUUUUAAUCUGCAAUAUCUUUUAACUUAUUUCUAUUCCCCGUCUUUGCUUCAGGGCGCCAUUUCUCCACAUGGGACAAAAAACAAAAUUCCAGAUACAGCUUCACUCGGUAGGGAUAUUCCUGUACUUUCCCUUGUUUUUUAGCUUCGGGUUCUGAGAGUAAUCCUCCUGGUUACCCAAACUCUGCUCCCGUGAUAAUCUGUUUAGCAGGGGUAAAAAGGAAAUUCACGGCGUUCAUUCCCUGGUCCCGUGACUGCUCCAGCUCCACCUGUCUGCGUGCGUGGCGUUGUGAUGUCAUGUCAUUGCUCUCUCCGCCCUCUCGAGAUGGAUGCUUUCCACACCUUAGUAUACAAUUACCUUCUGUAUCACUAAUUAAUACAUGCAGCAACCAAAAAAAAAACACCCUGGUAAACCGAUUCCUAACAAACAACCCAUACAUUGGUGCACAAUAUCCAUUAAAACAGUGCACAAUUAUCUUGCAAUGUAUCUCUUGCCAAUAAAAACAAAUCAAUCAACCACUAAACUGAUGUGCAAAAUCAAUUUAAUUGGUAUUGCACACCAACUUUGACUAAUUUGUUUUUAUUGGCAAGAGAGAUAUUGCAGGAUCGGAAUGCAGUUUAGGCUACCGAUAUUCCACCUCCAAGCGCUCCAGUCAAUACAUUUGAAAGGUUAAUCGAUUUUUCCAUCCGGUGUCUCCUGAUAAUUGCUUUAUCUCCUAUUUCUUUAUUUUUUAAUGUUUGUCUUGUCUUUGUUUUUUCUUCUAGGAGAGAUUGUAUGUUAAUAAAUGAACUCUGCUGUAAACAUUAUUCCAGACAUAAUAUCAAGUAAGUUAUUUUUUAUAUAUAUAUAUAUAUAUAUAUAUAUAUAUAUAUAUAUAUAUAUAUAUAUAUAUAUAUAUAUAUAUAUAUAUAUAUGUGUGUGUGUGUGUUGUCCAUGGCAGGUUUUUAGGUUUCCCCCCUCAUACUCCCUUCCUUGGUAGGCCAUUGAUCUUGUAGAAUAAACUUUACUAUGCAGAAAAUACUUGUUUUUCCAUUCAGGUCAUCCCAAAACCUUUGAGUUAUAGGGACUGGGGUAAAGUAUUGAUAAAGAAUGGUUUAUGUGAUAAACAAGCGUGUGAGAAAGGGAUAUUCUGGGAAAGAAGUCAUGUUCAGGAAGAGAUAGACCUGUGAAGCGAGAGAGAAGAAUAAAGGAAGCUACUCUUUAAUAUCUUCUGAUAUUCCCAAAUUUCAGAGACAGUCCUGUAAUUAGAAGACCCCAAAUAAUUCUUCUGCUCCAUACAAUUAAAUGUUUUAGGGAGUUUCUCUUAAAUGAUUUUUCAAUAUAAUAGUAUUAGCAUAUUUAGUAACGGUAACAUAUUUUAAAAAACAAAAAUGUACCAGGGUUGCUAAGAAGGUACCCCCAGCUUUACUCUACAACUUCCAUGAUGCCUACAGCCUCAAGGUCAUUUUGUUGGUAUCCUUUUUCCAUGUUAGCAGAUCAUGGAAUAAUGAUCUCUGUUUUGUCUUCUUGCAGGAAUCAUAGGAAUAAGUUUGAUUUUCAAUGUAAGGACAAGGUGUGCUGUACUAAAAACGCAUAUGUUAAAGAUCUACAGGCAAAGUGAGUAUCAGCCUUUUGGUGGUUGCUGUUAAACAUGGUUGUGAAAUUAGCCAAAAUGUUGUUUGAUUACCACCAGCGUUGUGAUCUGGCUAGCUAAGCACACAGGUUACCUGUCAUUCAUUAAAAGGAUACUCUAAGCACCAAAACAACUUCCGCUUAAUGAAGACGGUGUUGGUGUAUAGAUCAUGCCCCUGCACUCUUACUGCUCAAUUCUCUGACAUUUGAGUUAUUUUUAAAAAUGGAAAAUAGAUGUAGCGCUAUAUUUAGUAAUAGAAAUGGAGAUAAAAAGGCAAUACCUUACAAAGUCUUUACAAUAUUAAAUAAAUCUUCCCAGUUUGAGUUUCUAAAAAACACAAAGAAAAAACGGAACGGACAUAGUGUAUACCGUAUAAUACAAUGUAAUAAUAGAAAAAAAAGGGGGGUAAAAUCCCACUCACACUUUUUAGAGCUAUAAAAUAAUAGCUCAAUUUCAGCGUUCUUGGGGUUCAGUAAAGGCGACCCUCACCCUUCUUGAGUUCCAGUGCUUCUGAUGUUCUAUUAAAAUGAAACAGGACAAAUAUGGUGCAGUACCGUUGGUCUUUAAGGAAAGAUAAUAAACCGAGAUGGGGUACUUACAAACUUAGAGCCAUCCAAAUCGGCUCUGAUCUGUGCAUUUAUGUGGAUAAGGUCCACACACCUUCUUUAGAAAAAAUGUAGCAGGGAUAAUGCCAAUAAUGAGUAAAAGUACAAUAUUUAUUAUAAUAAUAACAUUAUAAAAUAUAUAUAAGUAUAAAAAAUAUUUUUAUACUUAUAUAUAUUUUAUAAUGUUAUUAUUAUAAUAAAUAAGUACAAUAUUUAUUAUAAUAAUAACAUUAUAAAAUAUAUAUAAGUAUAAAAAAUAUUUUUAUACUUAUAUAUAUUUUAUAAUGUUAUUAUUAUAAUAAAUAUUGUACUUUUACUCAUUAUUGGCAUUAUCCCUGCUACAUUUUUUCUAAAGAAGGUGUGUGGACCUUAUCCACAUAAAUGCACAGAUCAGAGCCAAUUUGGAUGGCUCUAAGUUUGUAAGUACCCCAUCUCGGUUUAUUAUCUUUCCUUAAAGACCAACGGUACUGCACCACAUUUGUCCUGUUUCAUUCUAAUAGAACAUCAGAAGCACUGGAACUCAAGAAGGGUGAGGGUUGCCUUUACUGAACCCCAAGAACGCUGAAAUUGAGCUAUUAUUUUAUAGCUCUAAAAAGUGUGAGUGGGAUUUUACCCCCCUUUUUUUUCUAUUAUUACAUUGUAUUAUACGGUAUACACUAUGUCCGUUCCGUUUUUUCUUUGUGUUUUUUAGAAACUCAAACUGGGAAGAUUUAUUUAAUAUUGUAAAGACUUUGUAAGGUAUUGCCUUUUUAUCUCCAUUUCUAUUACUAAAUAUAGCGCUACAUCUAUUUUCCAUUUUUACAAGUUCUAUUUUUAAAAGAUAUCUUGAUGUUAUAGCAGCUAUUUUAUAUAUAUUCCUUGUGCAUUGUCAGAAUAUUUUGAAACAUUAGCGCUGGUACACCUCCUUUUCUUCCUUUCAAAUUUGAGUUAUUUUGUUUAUGCAGAUAUAGCCUCGUCUCCUCUAGCUUUAUUUUACACAGCUUUCAUAAGAAAAAUGUCUAAUUAUUACAGCAAUGUGUGUUUACUACAGAAGUUCUCAUCUGCUUGGUUGAUUGAACUUGAAACACAUACAGGAGGCAGCUGCUGUAAGCUCUAGAAGGCAGUUUUAACAGAGCAGAGGAUACAUUCUAAAUUAAACACACUGUGCAAUAAGGGGAGUUAAAUAUUUCAACACCUGAAUUAUGAUAAGCCUUACAGUGAGUGGCUCACUGCACUGCACACUUGACCAAUUAAAGUUGAAGGGAUGCAAAACACCGCUGCCCUUAUUAUCACUUUAAAAAUGACGAUGCUUGGAGUGUUACUUUAACCUCUUUGCACCCUAGCAGAUUGUACCAGUGGUAGUUAAACUUUAAUUCCCCCAGCACCCUAGUAAUAAAUAAAACUCAAAUGUGUUGUAUGGUGUGUGUAUACACACACACACAUGUUCUGCUCCCCAGGACUGAAAUGUCAAUUUCAGCCCCGUGUGUAUGAAUGUAAAUAUACCUCAAAAUUUCCACUAGCCAUGGACAAGAGAAAAUGUAGCCCUGGCAAGUACAAAUUUACCUCCGUUAAAUAUGCCAUACACCCUUCAGGUCUCUUGCCGAUUGACCUAAAUUUAAUUAAGCUGCAUUCCCUGUCUCACCCUUAAAAAAAAAACAUUCCAGUAACUCUCAGCCUUGAUCACUAAAGUGUGAAUUGUGGGACAUUCGAAGUAAGUAACAUUUUUGUAAUGCCAAAAUAGUGGAAUUGCAAACAUUCUGCAAGUCAGCUAUUCUGGCCUAAUACUUGACAUUAAAGGACCACUAUAGUGCCAGGAAAACAUACUCGUUUUCCUGGCACUAUAGUGCCCUGAGGGUGCCCCCACCCUCAGGGACCCCCUCCCGCCUGGCUCUGGAAGGGGGAAAGGGGUAAUAACUUACCUUUUUCCAGCGCUGGGCGGAGAACUCUCCUCCUCCUCUCCGCCUCCGAUCCUCCCCGCCGGCUGAAUGCGCACGCGCGGCAAGAGCUGCGCGCGCAUUCAGCCGGUCGCAUAGGAAAGCAUUUACAAUGCUUUCCUAUGGACGCUGGCGUGCUCUCACUGUGAAAAUCACAGUGAGAAGCACGCAAGCGCCUCUAGUGGCUGUCAAUGAGACAGCCACUAGAGGCUUUGGGGGAAGGCUUAACCCAUUCAUAAUUAUAGCAGUUUCUCUGAAACUGCUAUAAUUAUGAAAAAAUGGGUUAACCCUAGAAGGACCUGGCACCCAGACCACUUCAUUAAGCUGAAGUGGUCUGGGUGCCUAGAGUGGUCCUUUAACUUUGAAUUCCUGACUAUUCACAGUUUAGAGAAUAACAUUGGCUAUCCUAUUAUUUAGAAGAACCUUGAUGCAUUGUUUAUUGAUCAUUGUCGGGCUUUUUACAAUUUUACUCAACUUCUCACUAUUUGCCAGGAAUUCCAGGGAGGAAUUGGGGGAAGAUGUGAGCUGCACACAGUUGGUUAGUAACAACGAAAUUAAAAAAGAAAAACCUAGCACGACGAAGGCAACAAAUGAAAGCAAUUCAGAAGAUCAGUCUAAAAAGGAACUGAAUGAUGACGAAAGGCUGUGUAAUGGAGAAAUAUUUUUUAUAACAAAUGUAAGUAUUAUAUAUGAUUUAUUUUUCUUAAAGGGACAUUGCAAGCAGUAUAACCGUUUCAUCUCAAUGAAUUGGUUAUAGUGCCCGGAGUCCCCAGGGGCUUUUCCUCCAUUUAAUGGUAAACAAUGUUCAACCAAUUUAACACUGAAUAAAUGUCCCUGGCCACCCACAGCUCAACCCUAACUGGAGGAAUGGCCAUGCAGAAAUUAAACACUUAUUUUACCCUUACCAGUUCAUACCAGCAUGGUGGCUGUGAUUGGCUGAAUUUGAGAUGAAGGAUUUAUAGUGUCCCUUUAAUGGGGCACUCCAGGCUACAGUUAGCUCCUAUUUCCUAUGCAUUAAAUGCAUUACAUAGGUGACACUCUAUAAUUUGUGAAUUCCACCGAAAAAAGAUACUCACAAUUUGCAGUGCAUAGCUUUCCUGCAAAUCGAUGCUCAGACUUGGAGGUAGCUGGCUGCCAGCCUUCCCAGUGCUAUGUAUGUGAGUGCUACAGGUGCUAAAUGAAUCCCAUAAUCCCUUGGUUAUGGGCAGUUUAUGGAGUGCGUAACUCAGUUACUCACAUUUGAUGAUGGAUUAAACUGGUCUACAUGUUGUCGUCAUCAUCUUGAUUUGGCUUUUAGAUUACUAAUAACGGUCGGUCAGAAUUUAUAACCAAUUCGAAAACUUCAGCCUGUAGAGGGUAGCACUUUUUCCAAAUACUUUAUCCCAGAAAUCAAAAUAACAAAAUCAGCUUGUUUAUGUUGGCUACACACCAUUUGCCAAGUAUUUUAUAUAAUUAGUCAGUUUUGCUACUUGGCAGGAUGUUUGCAUUAACUUUCCUUGUAUUCUGUAAAAAUAUUUAUUGAUGCAGAAAUUGGAAAGCUGUAAUGAAACUAUUAGAAUGUUCAUGAUGGAUCUUAUUGUUGACCAAACUUUUCUAAAUAUGUAUGUUGUAUUUUAGGAUGUGGAAGAGAACAAAAUCCGUGAAUUAACUUUAAGUGACGAUGAUAGAGUUUAUACUUUGGCCUAUAAAGCUCUAAGGAGCCGAAGUGGUUUAAGGCAUGCCUGGGCUAGAACUAUUCACACAUUCCAGGUAAGAUCACUAGGUGAGACCUAUCUGGGCUAAAACUGUACACACAUUCCAGGUAAGAUCACUAGGUGAGACCUGUCUGGGCUAAAACUGUACACACAUUCCAGGUAAGAUCACUAGGUGAGACCUGUCUGGGCUAAAACUGUACACACAUUCCAGGUAAGAUCACUAGGUGAGACCUGUCUGGGCUAAAACUGUACACACAUUCCAGGUAAGAUCACUAGGUGAGACCUGUCUGGGCUAAAACUAUACACACAUUCCAGGUAAGAUCACUAGGUGAGACGUGUCUGGGCUAAAACUGUACACACAUUCCAGGUAAGAUCACUAGGUGACACCUGUCUGGGCUAAAACUGUACACACAUUCCAGGUAAGAUCACUAGGUGAGACCUGUCUGGGCUAAAACUGUACACACAUUCCAGGUAAGAUCACUAGGUGAGACCUGUCUGGGCUAAAACUGUACACACAUUCCAGGUAAGAUCACUAGGUGAGACCUGUCUGGGCUAAAACUGUACACACAUUCCAGGUAAGAUCACUAGGUGAGACCUGUCUGGGCUAAAACUGUACACACAUUCCAGGUAAGAUCACUAGGUGAGACCUGUCUGGGUAAGAUCACUAACAACUGUACACACAUUCCAGGUAAGAUCACUAGGUGAGACCUGUCUGGGCUAAAACUGUACACACAUUCCAGGUAAGAUCACUAGGUGAGACGUGUCUGGGCUAAAACUGUACACACAUUCCAGGUAAGAUCACUAGGUGAGACCUGUCUGGGCUAAAACUAUACACACAUUCUAGGUAAGAUCGAGGUAAGACCUGUCUGGGCUAGAACUAUAAACGUUCUGGAAUUUCUCAUACAGGUUAGAGAUAUCUUCUUUAGUGGCUAGAUUGGGGUUCAGCGAGGAGGGAGUGGGUGCACAAGGCCUAACUGGCAUUGCCUCGUCCUACAACAGAUUUGUAGAGGCUGCCCAGUCUGUCACUUUAGUUUUAGACAUGCACUUUAGCAUUGUGCUUCUACAGUUGUGCUCAAAAGUUUACAUACCCUUGGAGAAUUGGUAAUAUAUGUACCAUUUAACGACAAUAAUAUAUGUACCAUUUAAAAAAAAAAAAAAAAAAAAGGCAGGCAAAACACAAUUUUUUAUUUUUAUUUAUUAUGGGAUUCAUUUUCAACUGUAGGUUAUAACAGAAUGACACAAUCGUAAAACAAAACAUGGCAGCAAAAUAAAAAAAAAACUAAAUGACCCCUGUUCAAAAGUCUGCAUACACUUAGUUCUUAAUACUGUAUAUUGCCUGCAGUCUUUUGUAAUAGUUGUCUAUGAGGCCCCUAAUUCUUGCAUUUGAUAUAGCUGCCCAUUCUUCUUUGCUAAAUACCUCCAGGUCAUUCAAAGUUUUUGGUCAUCUUGCAUAAACCGCACGUUUGAGAUCUCCCCAGAGCGGCUCAAUGAUAUUAAGGUCAGGAAACUGGAAUUAGCCACUCCUUCACCUUUUCCUGCUGUAACCACUGGAGGGUCAACUUGGCCUUGUGCUUAGGGUAUUGUCAUGCUGGAAAGUCCAAGAACGUCCCAUGUGCAGUCUUCGUGCAAAAGAAUGCAAAUUGUCUUCCAAUAUACUAUGAUUGCAUGCUGCAUUCAUCUUGCCAUCAAUUUUCACAAGCUUCCCCGUGCCUUUAGAGCUCACUCCCACUAAAAUGUCAGUGAGCCACCACCAUGCUUCACAGUGGGGAUGGUAUUCUUUUCACUAUAGGCCUUGUUCACCCCUCUCCAAACAUAGCGCUUAUGGUUGUGUCCAUAAAGCUCUAUUUUGGUCUUAUCAAUCCAAAUUACAACGUGCCAAAACCUGUGAGGUGUGUCAAGGUGUUGUCUGACAUAUUGUAACCGUACUUUUUUGUAGAAUUGGCGCAGUAAAGGCCUUCUUCUGGCAACUCGACCCUGCAGCUCAUUUUUGUUCAAGUUUUAUCGUAUUGUGCUCCUUGAAACAACCACACAGUCUUUUUCUAGAGCAGCCUGUAUUUCUCCUGGGGUUACCUGUGGGUUUCUAUUUCUAUCCCGAACAAUUCUUCUGGCAGUUUUGGCUGAAAUCUUUCUUAGUCUACCUGACCUUGGCUUGGUAUCAAGAGAUCCAUGAAUUUUUCACUUCUCAGUAAGAGAUUUAACAGUACUGACUGGCAUUUUCAAGCCUUUGGAUAUCUCUUUAUCUCCAUUUCCAUCUUUAUAAAGUUCCAUUACCUUGUUACGCAGGUCUUUUUUUUUUAAUUCUUUAUUUGUAGGGUUUUCUCCUUGAAGUUAGGAGGGAGGGGAGUGGGGUACAGAAAAUAAAAGGAGGGGUGGGUGGGGGUUGUUCAAGACUUAAUAGUACUUUCACAUUUAAUGUCAGUACCAACGCAGGGUACUGUUGCAUUUUGAAAAUAGCUUACAUUCGUAUCAACAUGGUAUUGACAUUGUAUCUUCCUUGAACGCUUAUUUAAGUUCCCUGUCGUUUCUGCGUUUUUAAGGGAUGGGUUUUGUCACUCGUCGACUCUUUGUGAGUCUUGUCUCGUUAUGUACGGGUGCAGUCUUGUCCAAGUCGAGGAGUGGUUUAGGGUAAGGGUUGUGGAAUAGGGCGGGGUGGACAUGGGGGGGGGGAGGGUUCGCGGUCCGCAGGCCACCCAGCGCGCGGGUCCCUCUCGGGGGUCCCAGAUUGGUGUUUGGGGCUCUGUGGUUAGGUGAGGGUCGUUCUUAUUGGAAGGUGUGUGAUAUCCUCGAUUGGGGGAUCCCUAUGCUAGGGAGGGGCCGUUAGCACCCCACCGUGUUACCACGGGAUGGUCGUGUCCCCUUCCAGCCAUGGGUCCCAUAUUUUGUGGAAUUUUUUGGGCGAGUCAUGAAUUUGUGCUGUGAGCCUAUCCAUUUGCAUGCCAUCUAUUAUCUUCUUUGUAAUUGUUUCUUGUGUCGGUAUGCGGUUUGUUGACCAUACUUCUGCUAUGGCUCUACGUGUUGCUAGGGCUAUGCGAGCGGCUAGCUUAUUUUCAGCUCUAGUGUAUUGGUCUAUUGGCUUGGAGAGUAGGAGCAUCCAAGGGUCUACGGGACAAGGUUUGUCUAUUAGUUUGGAGAUUAGGCGUGUGGUGUCUUGCCAAAGUGGUUGGAGUUUCGGGCACGUCCACCAACAGUGGAGGAACGUUCCCGUCUCUCCGCAUUGUUUCCAGCAGGUGUUGGCUGGUAUUUGGUGCAUGAUGGCCAGGCGUUGGGGGGUGAGGUACCAGCGGAAUAGCAUUUUGUAAGCUUGCUCCGUGUGUGUGACACAUAUGGAGAUAGAGGCUGUUGCCUCCCAAAUGUCUGACCAGUCUGUUGUUUCGUCUGGGGGCCCGAGGUCUGCCUCCCACGCCGCUAUGUAUGGGAGAGACAGUUGCGUGUGGUGGGUCGCCAAGGUUGCAUAUAUGUCGGAAAUUUGUCCUUGUCUGUUGGGGUGCGCAAUGCAGUCUCUUUCAAAGCGAUUGAGUUGAGCCGUGCCGGCUUGUUUUAUGAUUGGAGUCUCUGCGAAGCUGCGCAAUUGUAUGAAUCUAAAGUGAUCGAAUGAAGUGAGUGAGGAUGAGUCUUUGAUAUCUGAGAAUUUUAUAAUGUCGUUGUCUUGGUACAAAUGCCCUAGACGGGAGAUGUCCCUGUGUUCAAAAUGGGCGAAGUGCUUGGGGGUAAGUCCCGGUGGGAAUAGCUUGUUCCUCCAUAUGGGGGUCAUAGGAGAUAGGAACGAUGACAGUUCAAAUUUGUCCCUCAUUUUGUCCCAUGUAUCAAGCGCAUGGGUGAUUGAGGGUGCGGUGGGAGGGGGUAGGGAUCUAUGUGGUUUGGGUACCCACAUGUACAGGGACGGGUGGUCCCUACCGAAGAUGUUGUGUUCCAAGUCCACCCAUCUUUUUUCCCCUGGUGGGACGUGCCAGUGUUGUAUCUGCGUUAGGUGUGCUGCCGUGUGGUAAUGUGUGAAGUGUGGUAGUCCUAGUCCCCCGUGUUUCUUGGGUACGUAUAGUGUGUUUCGGCGUAUUCUGGGUUUGUGUCCAUUCCAGAUGAAUGUGUCAAUGGCUGUUUGUAGUGCCUUAAAGUCUUGUUUAUGGAUCGGUAUGGGUAGGGUUUGAUAUAGAUAUAAGAAUCUGGGUAGGAGAUUCAUUUUGAUUGUAGCGAUGCGCCCCAGCCAUGAGACCCCUAGUGAUUUCCAUUUAGUGAGGUCAGAGUGGGCUUUUUGUAAUAAGGGGGUGUAGUUUGUUUUAUAAAGAGUGGUAAUGUCUGUUGGGAGUUGGAUCCCUAGGUACGUCAUCAUCGUGUGGCAGAUCCUCAUCGGGCAUAUUUGUUUGAGUGUAGCUAUGUGUGGAGCAUCUAUUUGUAUUGGGAGGAGCUCUGAUUUAUUCAGGUUGAUCUUGUAUCCUGACAAGUCUGAGUAUUCUUGUAUGAGAGUUAGGAGCGAGUUUAUGGAUUUUUCCGGAUUUGUCAGUGUUAGCAGGAUGUCAUCUGCGUAGGCUGAGAUUUUAAAGGUUUCUCCCCUGAUCGUUAGCCCCUCUAUGUCAUGGCUGGCACGCACCGCUUGCAGCAAAGGUUCCAGUGAUAUGGCGAAUAAUAGAGGGGAUAAAGGGCACCCCUGUCUCGUGCCGUUUGAGAUGGGGAAUCGUAGUGGGGGGAUGUUAGGUAGAAGAAGUGCCCCUUGGGGAGAGUGAUAGAUGGCCUGCACAAAUGAAGUAAACUCGGGUGGUAUCCCUAUGUAUUUUAGUGUAUGGUAGAGGAACGGCCAGAGCAAGCGAUCAAACGCUUUUUCCGCGUCCAGUGAGAUGAUCGCUGUGGGGAUUCGUCUGUGGUUAGCCAGCCAUAUGAGGUCAAUGGCUCUCCGGGUGUUGUCCGCAGCGUGCCUGUGUGGGAUGAAUCCCACUUGAUCUGGGUGUAUGAGGGAUCUUAGAUAUGGGUUUAGGCGGUUGGCCAUAAUUUUGGUCAUGAUUUUAAGGUCCACGUUGAGUAAGGAGAUUGGUCUGUAGUGUGCGGGUUCAGAGUGGUCUUUGCCGGGUUUUGGGAGGAGGCAGAUGUUUGCCCCGGUCAUUUCUGGUGGGAGGUUCUCUCCCUUGAGUGCUGCGUUAAAGACCGUGCAUAGAUUUGUGAGGAGUGAUGGGCCAAAUUCUUUGUAAUAUAGGGCUGUGUAGCCGUCUGGUCCUGGACUUUUAUUUGGUUUGAGGGAUCCCACUGCAAUGGCCAUUUCUUCUGUCGUGACGUCUUGGCUCAAGGCUGCUUGGGCCUCUUGCGUUAGGGUGGGUAGCGUCGUGCUUUGUAGGAAUGUGUCUAUGCGUGUGGACAGCGAUGGGUUGGUGUCAUGGGGUCGGUGGUCGUGGUUGUAGAGGUCUGUGUAAUAGUCCUGGAAGACUUUUCCUAUGCUAGUUGGGCAGUCUGUGAGGGUACCAUCGUUCGUUCGUAUCUGUGUAAUGCGUUUAGCUUCAGUUCGCUUUUUAAGUCUGCGGGCAAGCAUGGUGUCCGCCUUGUUGCCCUUUUCAUAAUAUUUUUGUUUGAGCCACAUCAGAGCUUUGGCUGUGUCUGCUUGUGUGAGAGUGUUAAGGAGGCUUCUGGUCGCCGUAAGUUUGGACAGGAUGGUCGGGUUAGGGUUCUUUUUGUGUUCCGUUUCUAGGCGGCAGAGUGCUGUCAUUGUUUCUAGUAUUUGUCGUUGUGUUUGUCUUUUUUUAUGGGUGGCUAGGCUGAUGAGUGUGCCUCUGAUGACUGCUUUAUGUGCUGUCCAGAGGGUCAUAGGUGAGGUCGUUGUGGGUGAGUUUAAGUCGAAGUAAUCUUUGAUUGCUAUAGUUAUUUUGUCUCUGAUCAGUUGAUCGUGGAGGAGUAGUGGGUUAAGUCGCCAUGACCAGUGUGUGUGUGUAUGGUCGGUAGGUUUAGAGUGAUUGCUAUCUCGGCAUGGUCAGACCAGGAGAUAGGUCCAAUCUCCGAUUUGGUGAUUUGAGAUAGUAAGUUUGGUGAAAUGAGAAAGUGGUCAAUGCGUGAAUAGGAUCUGUGUGGGUGGGAGUAGAAAGUGUAGUCUUUGGUGGUCGGGUGUUGUGCCCUCCAUAUGUCAAUCAGUUUGUGGGAAGCCAGGAAUUGGGCGAAGAGGGCGUCGUUUUGGUUUGGGCGAGUUCGUGUUUUGGUGCUUGAGGUCCGAUCUACGGCAGGUAUGUGUGCUGCAUUGCAGUCCCCACCCACUAUAAGUCGUGUGGCUGAGUACGUGCUGAGGUGGGUCGCUAAUUGUUGCCAGAAGGGUGGGUCUGGUGUUGUGGGUGCGUAGAGCGAUGAGAAGGCGUAUUGUGAUGUGCCUAUUUUCCCCCGUAUUGUGAUAUAUCUACCCUGUGGGUCUUUAGAGCAGGUGAUAUCUGUGAGGGGGCUGUUUGCUCUCAAUACGAUCGCUACACCUUUGGUCUUGGUGUCUGGGGAGGGAGCAUGGAAGCUCUGUGUGUAGUAUCUGUUAGUGAGGGGGAACAUGCGGUUGAAUGUGAAGUGGGUUUCCUGUAUGAGGACUAUGUCAGCGUGUUGUUUAUGUGCCCAGCGUAAAAUGCCAUGCCUCUUGUUGGGGUAGUUCAAUCCCUUGGCAUUAAUGGAGAUGCAUCUUAUUUGUGUAGGCAUGGUGUCUGUGGGAGUGUGGCGGUCUCUGCGGGUUUGCAGUGAUGGGAUGUCUUGAGUUGCGCGUCCGGGUGGCCGCGGGCCGCGAAGGGUGGGGGGGGGAGGGCGGGAGGGCGUAGGGUGUUAGCCUGGGUGAAGGUAGCGGGUGGGGGAUAUGGGUAGUGUGCGCUACUGGGCUUAUCCGAAGGCCAGUAGGUAGUGGGGCGAAGCGUCCGACCGCUCCGUGAGUUUCCCCGUGAGUUCGGGUAGGUGUGUGUGUGUCGGGGGUUGGCGACCGUCCGGUCAGGGCUGUCCAAAGGCAGUUUUCAGUAGUCGUCCGCUUUACUGUGUGUGCUGUGGUCGGUCAUCGUUGUGGGGGCGUUGCGUCCGUGGAGUGAGCUCUCUGCGUAUCGUGUCUUGUGUGUGCAGGGUCGUACCUUGUGAGCCCGUGGGGCGUUGGUCUGGUCAGUAGUGGAUCUAGUAUUGGUGCGGUGGUGAGGGUGUGCUGUCACCGUCUAGUCGUAAGAUGUCGGCAUGGUGCCGUCUGCUGUGAGUGGCGUCCGUCAGCACGUGAGGAGGGGUGGGGUGUGUCGGUUAGCUGAAAAAUAAUGAGUAACAGUUUUACAUUGUAACACAACAGUUUAACAUCAACUUCAAUUUAGUUAUAUACAUUUCCUCUGCUGUAGUGUCUAGAGGUUCCCGUGGUGCGUGUCUUCCCCUAUGGUGUCUCUCUGUGGGGGGUCCUAGGGGGUCCCCGGGUUGGGGGGCUAAAGGAAUGGGGGGUUGGGUUGUAGCUAUACUUUCCUGGUCCCUUGGUGCCUGGUGCCUUGUCUUUGCAAGUCUUGUGGGUUAGUGUGAGACCCUCCCUGUGUUGGUCCGAUCUUAUCCUUGGUGGUGCCCCGGUUUGCAAUGGGUCCUAGGGGUUGUAUGCGUUCAGGGUGUGCCUGUCUAAGUCCUUCUUUUUCCAGGGCUUGCCGUUUGCGCUUAGUCUCUCUGGUGCUUGUGGUGUUGUCACCAGUUUUCUAUGUGGAGGGUGUGCCCUCAUCUCCUGGGACCCAGUAUGUCUAGUGCGGGAGCAGAGUAUGGUCCAGGAUACUGCUUUAUUGAGUCUCCUGGGGAAGUGUUUACGCUCAAGGGAGCUAGCGGUGUUUUGAGGUGUACACCUAAGAGGUGUCUAUCAUUAGGCGCAUGCCAUGUCCCUUGUUGGGGGGUGCCCCAGCCAUCCCUCCCCGCUCAGGGUGUGCCUCCCUGUGGGUAUCUGCUCUGUUUUGGUGUUAGGUCGUGGUGUUGUGUGCUGUGGCAUCCAGGAUACCUGUGUGGUGGGUGAAUGUGAGGCAGCUGUUCCGCUUUGCACCCUGGGUGGCAGUGGUCUGUGACUACAUCAGCUGGUGCCGAGAAGGGUACUAGUGCGUGCCGGCUAUAUUCCUGCAUCUAUGGUUUCUAUCUAUUAAAGGAUACCCAGUGACUAAGUAGCGAGCUGGAGACAUAUAAUUGCUGUCUAUCGAAUGAGUCCUAGUAACCAAACAGUGAGCAGGUAACAGGAUAUAAAGCAAGGAGAGAGUUUGUGAAUUAUAUCUUAUCUGGAGCUUGGAGUUGUCAGCGGUGUAGGCUGUUUCCAGUCCAUUAUCGGGGUGUGGGGUUGCCAGUGUUCUUUAGUGCCUAAGUCAGUCCAGGUUCCGUGUUCAGGUGUGUUUUCAGCUGUGGUGACCAUGACCCUCUUGAGAAUAGUCCGUGUCGGUACAUAUUUCUUAUUUCGUAGGUUGGUCUUCUGUUGGUGCGUCGAGUAGUGGGUGGAUGUCGGUCCGUUUAGUUGUCGGCCCUGAUGCGUGGGCUAUUCGGUAUCUGGCGUGUCGGGGCUAGCGGUGGUGCAUUUCUGGGCGGAGGGCCUCUGUCGUGUCUUCUGGGAUUCGGAUCCGUGGUGAGGGUUGUGGGGUCCAGGCCGAGGCUCUCUGCGAAAUCCGCCAUUUCCGCGGUGUUGUAUAGGGUGUAGGUGCGGUUGUUCUUCCGGACCUGCAGCUUAAAUGGGUGUCCCCAUGAGUAGCGGAUAUGUUGCCUCGUGAGCUCCUGAGUGAGGGGCCGCAGCUCCUUCCUUUUGCGCAGGGUGCUCGGGGCCAGGUCCUGGUAGGAGAUUUGGUGACCUUCUAUUUGUAGUGGGGUGUUUCGUGCCGCUUGCAUGAGUGCCUCUUUAAUGUGGAAAUAGUGCACUCUUAUGAUGACGUCCCUGGGUUGGGUUGCAUUGGGCAUGGGUGUUCGGAGAGCCCUGUGCGCUCUAUCUAGUAGGAGUUCCGCCGGUGAAGCCUCUGGGAGCAGGCCACAAAAGAGCUCUCGUGGCGUUGGGCCCAGUGCCUCUAUUGUGACCGUUUCUGGGAUUCCACGUAUCCUUACGUUGUUUCGGCGGGACCGGUUGUUCAGGUCCUCUUGUGCCUCCUCUAGUUGGCGGAGCUGUUCUUGUAGGGCGGUUAUGGCAUUUUCAGUUGCUGUUGUGCGUGUAACCGUCAGGUCCAGUUGUUCCUCAAAAGUGGAGGUUCUGUGGGUUAAGUCAAUCAGGCCUUCUCUGAUGGGUGUGAGAUGCCUGUCAAAUUCUGUAGCCAUAUUUGCCUUGAUUUCAUUUAGUAGCUGGCGGAGGUCAUCUUUGGUGAGGGGGGUAGCCGUCAUUGUUCUGCUCCUAUCACUGGCUGCAGAGUCAGAGUCAUAUUCGCGGCCUUCUUCUUCCUCCCGCGUGGCGCCGCCAUCUUUGCGGCUCCGGAAUAUCGGAGCUACUUCUGCUCCCUGCUUCGUUUUCCGCCCGCCCCCCAUCGCUAUUUAGUGCGGUACCGUGGGUGAGAUACGAGGUGACCGGGUGGGUGUGAGCAAGCCGGUUGCGGGUGCUAAAGAUCGCCGGGUCUGUGCCUCCGAGGACGGAGCUCCCUCAGAAAGCCGCCAUUCGCGCCGGAAGUCAGGCGCCGCCCCCGUUACGCAGGUCUUUUAACAGUUCUUUUCUGCUCCCCAUGGCUCAGUAUCUAGCCUGCUCAGUGCAUCCACGUGAGAGCUAACAAACUAUUUAUACCCAGACACUAAUAGCAAUUUAAAAAGCCACAGAUGUGCGAAAUUAACCUUUAAUUGUAAUUUUAACCUGUGUGUGUCACCUUGUGUGUCUGUAACAUAAAUUCAAGGGUAUGUAAACUUUUAAUCAGGGCUAUUUGGGUAUUUUCUGUUAUCAUUAUGAUUUAAAAGGGAGCCAAGCUACUAUGUGAUAAUAAAUGGCUUCAUAUGAUCACUAUCCAGCAAUAAAAGCCAUUUUUUUGCAUGACCAGCCAUAUUUUCAAAAUCAGUGCUAAAGUUUCGGCAUUUCUGCCAGAGUAUGCAAACCUUUGAGCACAACUGUAUCUCUCGCUGCUGCCAGUGUCUUCGGCAUUGUGCGGCCUACCUCUGGUGAGUAUGUGGACCAGGGCUCCAGAAGUCUAGCGUGUUUAGCAAUGACCUGCAGGCUUCUCAGCAUGGAACCGGGACGGAUCUUUUGUGCAGAUUUGGCACGUGACUCUAAAAGGAAGGGCAUUUGCAAAGUCUAGAAAAGUUCCUCUGCAUGGAUAUGCCACUUCUGUGGUAUGUAUCACCCAGAAUGGCUUCUGACCCACCCUGUUACUUGGGCCUGCCCCCCACUUCCACUAGUUAAAGGGACUUUAUAGGCAACAGAACCACUACAGUUUGGUUAUGGUACAUAUGACCUGUCUCUGCUGGCUGAGCAUUGUCAACUCUGACGUUUCAGAGAAAAGACAGGGUUUACAUUGCAGCUUAAGUACACCUCUAGUGGACUUGGGCGCUUCCCAUAUAGAUGCAUUAAUUCAAUGCAUCUCUAAAAAGAGUUGAGAUCAUCAAAAUUAUUUAUUUCAGCAAAGGAGCCUGGCAGCAGCACAUAGACCAGUGUGUCAACAGGUAAAACAAAGUUAUUUUGUAUUUAUAUCCGAGCGGAUAGUUUUGCCAGUUAGAGUUUUUUGGUUUAUUUUCUGGAUAAACUAGAGUUAUUUAUUUUAUUCACGUGUUCGUUUGUGAACUGCCAAUUUUGUUCAUGAAAAUCCAACUUUCAAAGCAUUGUAUCGCGCACACACAGGCACUUUAUAAUGACAUCGAACUGUCUUUUUUUUUUUUUUUGGCUUAUAUUUAAAAUAUGUUUGCGAAUUUGUGUAUUGUUUUUACAUAUUGGUAAAUAACUCUUUUCAGUGUAUUUCCUGUCCUACCCUUGUUAACCUUUCGUUUAUGUGAUGCUCCUUAUAUGCUGCUUUUACUGGCUACGGACUUUGCAACUUGCGCCACAAUCCAGUUGUGUCUUGGCACAGCCAGGACUCAAUAACACUAAUGAUAAUGCUAAUUGUAAUACCUUUUCCAUUGAUCAUAGGGCUCAGAAGAGGACACCGUUGUGUAUGUGCUUGGCCCAGCAGGCCGGCAGAACUGGAAGCAUGUAUACACAGCUGUAACAAGAGGCCGCAAACGUGUGUAUGUAAUAGCCAAUAUGAGUCAACUUGACCAAGCAAUUGCUAAUAAGGCCCGCGAAAGAAAAACAAGGCUUCAGCAGCGUUUAAAUAUGUUGCUGUCAGAGAGUAGAAAUGUAUCAAAUCCAACAAACUCCCCACCGACUACCCAGGUUAGAGGAACUCAGAAUCCAUACACACACAUAAAGACUAAUAAAGAGCGUGAUCACAACAAGGAUUUCAAUGGUUUUACAUGGAGUCAAUCCCCACCACGUGCUCAAACUCAGUUUGUGCCUACUACACCUACUCUGAAUGACCAUAAUACAAGGGAAUAUGGCGACCAUCCGACGCAGACCGUCAGUAACGUGUCUAAUGAAUGUCAUGGAGACCACCCAAUGCAGACAGUCAGUAACGUGGCCAAUGAAUAUCAUGGAGACCACCCAAUGCAGACAGUCAGUAACGUGGCCAAUGAAUAUCAUGGAGACAAUGACAUGAUGCAUUCACCUUUGACGAAAAGGACUGGAGCACCAACAACUAAUCAAACCCCUUCCAAGAUAAGCCGUGUUUCAUCUGCUCAGGUAGGUGAUUUACUGGGCAAGUAUACCAAGUACUCUGUAUUGACUGCAAGCUAUAAAUUACAUUAUAUAUAUUACAUUAGAUGGAUUACAUGCUGCCCUCACUGCCUCCAUAUUGGGGUUUCCUCAUGCAGUCCUGCGCAGUGAGCAGUCAUUUUGGCCAAGUUUGGCCAUUGACUUUAUCUUGUUUGGGGAUUUUUUACUUUUUUGCACACUGGCUAAACUUGAACAUUUAAUCCUGGGAUAACAAACCAUGGAAACAAUGACAUUAGAAAAAAAAAAGAAUGUUCUAAUUUACAAGGUAGAUGACAGUAGAUAACAGUGCUAAUUGUGAUCAAUUUGUUGAUUAUAUAUAUAUAUGUAUGUGUGUGUAUUUGAUUGUGCAGUAGUGUAAAUAGUAGUAAUAGUUGGAAAACCGCACACAUAAUGUACAGCAAGCAUGUCAAACUCAGAAUCUAACACGGGCCAAAUAAACCAGGUUAAAGUUUGCGGGCCGCAGUUUUCAUAGCAGCCUAGGUAUAUUUAGAAAAGUAUAGUAUGAAAGAAGCUGCCUAACUGACACUGGACGUCCUUACGCUCAUAGGGCUUAACCCCUUAAGGACCAAACUUCUGGAAUAAAAGGGAAUCCUGACAUGUCACACGUGUCAUGUGUCCUUAAGGGGUUAAAGUAAACAAAAGUGCAAAUUUAUUUUAAGCAGACAUGCAUUUGCGUAUAACCAAUGUUUCAGUCCAACUACCUUGACAUUUUAAGAAACGUUUGGUAAUGGGACUGAACUGGUGAAUGAUUGCUUUUGCACAGCUGUAAAAAAACAAAUGACGUUAUCUAUGAGUCCUAUGAGUGUGUUCUUCUCUUUGGCUUGAUCUCAGCCAAUCCAGUGCUUUCCACAGGAUCAGCAUCCCCAUGGGGAGCGUUCAGCGCCUCCAUACAGACCCAAUCUAACACACUGCCCCUCUUCCCAUUCUAAUACACAGCCCACAAAUCCAAUACAUUGCACCCCCUCCCUCCACUGUUAUACACUGCCCUCUUCACCCAAUCUAAACCAUUGCCCCUCCCCCCCACUUAAAUUGAAUAGACUGCCCUCCCUACCCCUAAUCUAACUCGCUGCCUUUCCUCCCACUCUAAUACACUGCCCCUUAAUCUAAUACACUGCCCCCUCCCACCGUUCUAAUUGAAUACACUCCUCCCAAUUUAAUACACUGCCCCCCUCCGUUACCCAAUUUAACACACUACCCCCUCCCACCACUCUAAUACACUGCCCCCCUUUCACCACUCUAAUACACUGCCCCCCUUCCUCCCCCAACAUAACACACUGCACCCUCACCACCACUCUAAUACUGCCUCCCUCUUCAAAUUAAUACACGGCUCCCUUCCUUCCCCAAAUUAAUACACUGCCACCUUCCUCCCCCAAAUUAAUACACUGCCCCCUCCCUCCCCCCAAAUUACCGUAUAUACUUGUGUAUAAGUCGAUCUCAUGUAUAAGUUUUGUGACCAACAAUUGUGAAAUAUGCUAUGCCUCGUGGAUAAGUCGAGGGUAAAACUUGGGGCUAUGAAGUUCUGUGAUUUUUAUAAUUAUAUACACACACACACUGCAUUAUAUACACACACACUCAUACAAACACACACUGCAUUAUACACACACUCCUACACACACUCUGCAUUAUACACACACACACACACUAAUACACACACUCACCAUUAUACACACACUCUGCACAGGAGAAGGAAGCUGACAGGAGCUGCAGGAAAGGUAAAUAACAGCUCUCUGCCAGCCCCCAACAGGACUGCCGGGCUUGUAAUGAGCCCGGCGGUCCUGGUCUGUAUUAUGGCAAUGUAAGUUGCCAUAAUACAGACACUGACUCGAGUAUAAGUCGAGUGGGGGUUUUUCAGCACAAAUAAUGUGCUGAAAAACUAGACUUAUACUUGAGUAUAUAUGGUAAUACACUGCCCCCUCCGUCCCCCCAAAUUAAUACACUGCCCCCUCCCUCCCCCCAAAGUAAUACACUGCCCCCUCCCUCCCCCCAAAGUAAUACACUGCCCCCUCCCUCCCCCCAAAGUAAUACACUGCCACCUCCAUCCCCCAAAGUAAUACACUGCCGCCUCCCUCCUCAAUUUAACAUCCUACACAGGACGGUCUCCCAAGCCCCUCUUUCCCUACCUUAAGAUGAGCCACCGGUUCUUCAGUUCCAGCUCUGCUCUUCUCUGCUCAAGCAGGCCAGACGCACCUCUGGCACUGGGAGCAGGGGGGAAGGGGGAGUGGCUGGCCUGCUCUCCAGUCGUGGGAGGAAAGACCAGGAUCAGACAGGAAAUCUCUUUCUUGUCUUGCGGCUGGUCGCAGCCACGGCACAAAGCAGGCGGGCUGCAAAUAUAUUAAUUGUGGGCCGCAGGCUGUAAGCAAACCUUGCUAAGCAAUCAAUGCAGUUUAUUUUAUAUACAUAUUCAUGCUUAAAGGGACACUAGAGGCACAAAAAGUUAGCUAAAUGAAGCAGUUUUGGUGUUUAGAUCAUGCGCCUGCAGUCUCACUGCUUAAUUCUCUGCCAUUUUUGUUAAAUCACUUUGUUUAUGCAGCCCUAGGCAUACAUCCAUACAUGUGACUUGCACAGCCUGCCUAAAUAGAAACCUAGAUAGUUUAGGUUCCUGUAUUGCAGAGUAUGUUUAUUUAUCUAGAAUUUUUUUAUCUCAUGCUCUGGUUAAAGUUCAAUUUACAGAGCAGGAGAUAAAAACUUCUAAAGCAAAUUAACAUCUGACUGAAAAUGAAAAGAUUAAUUUUUUUCAUGAAGGCUGUGUGAGUCACAGCCAGGGGAGGUGCGGCUUGCUUAAACAGAUUUUAACUCCUAAAUGACAGAUAAUUGAGCUGUCAGACUGCAGGGGCAUGAUUUGUACACAAAAACGGAUUCAUUAAGCUAUAUUUUUUUAAUGCCAAUAGUAUCACUUUAACUCAUUUUGAUUAUUUUUUUUUCUUAGAAGAUCUCAAAUUUUCUAAACAUUUGUUUCCAAGAGUGAGGGACAAGAGAACUGUAUGUGUUGCCUAAAUGUUUGUGGUGCAUUGGUUUGCGUUACAAAUAUAAACCAGUGCUAUAAACUUCUAGCCAUAUUCAUUUCAUUUGGUUUUCCUACAACUAUGGCAGGGCAGAGGUAAAGGGCAAGACACUUUUUUUUUUUUUUUUUUUUUUAAACAUGCAUCAUGCAGAAAAUUAGAACGAUGAUGUGCAUAGCACAAUUGCCAUAGAUCUUAUCUCAGUGUCAGUACUCAGAAUUGGGUUUUCAUGAAGUUUCAGUGGUUGGAACAAGCAUGUCACAUUCAUCAAAUCCCAGGCAACAGCCCCACAAUAGGAUGUAGGAUUAAACGAACACUCCAAGCAUCAUAGCUAGUAGAACUCAUUGUAGUGGCUAUGGUACCAGUAGUGCCCUGGUGAGUAGUCAGACUGUUAAGAAUCGUUAAACAACUUAUCUGGUGUCUGCUUGGCACCCACUGCCACCUCCACAUCCGUCAGAAAACGUAGCACUGAGCUAGGCUUAGCUGCAUCCAUUGGGUGGGCCAAUGAGCUAAUGUCUUAAGUGGAUGCAGUGCUGGGCAGUAGUGUUUAUGGUGCAUAGUGUUCCUUUAAGAAGUAUUGCCUGUGAGAUUCAUACUUGCACUUUAGGUGUCUCCGUUUGAUUUUAGUAAAGAAUUAUAGUGGUGUUCAGAGAUUAAAGGCGAACUGUCACUACUCAGGAAAUCACACCAAUUAAUAAAACAUUGAAAAUCACCUAUUAACUGUGAUAAUUUUUGUUUUCUGCGUGAUGCUCGGUUUUCUUUAAAUUUAUAUUAAAGGUUUAGCAAAUGACAUCACAAUGUAGUUCAGUUGAUGCUCAGGCAAAGCUCAUUGCUGCAACUGCACUGCUACUAGAAUCUAUUAUGCUUGGAAGUCAAUGUAAAUAUCUUGUGGCUUCCGAGCGUGACUGACCAUAGCCAGCGGAUGUUAGCAGCUCUGCGUACUGUGAGACUUUCACAAGUCAUAAGAGAGAUUCAAUGAGGUCUCUAAAUAAAUAAAGCACUCUGGGACCCUCUAAGGUGUCCUUGCCCAUAAGGGCUGCUGAGUCAAGGGUAAUUUGAAAGGAGACGGUUCCCAGGGCCGCAUUAAAGGACCACUCUAGGCACCCAGACCACUUCAGCUUAAUGAAGUGGUCUGGGUGCCAGGUCCUUCUAGGGUUAACCCAGUUUUUUUAUAAACAUAGCAGUUUCAGAGAAACUGCUAUGUUUAUGAAUGGGUUAAGCCUUCCACCUAAUCCUCUAGUGGCUGUCUCAUUGACAGCCACUAGAGGCGCUUGCGUGCUUCUCACUGUGAUUUUCACAGUGAGAGCACGCAAGCGUCCAUAGGAAAGCAUUGUAAAUGCUUUCCUAUGCGACGGGCUGAAUGCGCGCGCAGCUCUUGCCGCGCGUGCGCAUUCAGCCCAGGAGGAGGAUCGGAGACGGAGAGGAGGAGGAGAGCUCCCCGCCCAGCGCUGGAAAAAGGUAAGUUUUUAACCCUUUUCCCCUUUCCAGAGCCGGGCGUGAGGGGGUCCCUGAGGGUGGGGGCACCCUCAGGGCACUAUAGUGCCAGGAAAACGAGUAUGUUUUCCUGGCACUAUAGUGGUCCUUUAAAUAUAAUUUUUUUUUUUUUUUUUCUUGAUCCCUUUAAAGGGCCCUAAAGACCUUCUAAGCGGAAAUGUAGUUGAUUAGGUGUGCCAGUUUUAGCUAUCACCUGUUUUAGGUAUGUUAAGUUUCCCAUGUAAAGCAUGUAUGUUGUACAAUUCUAUGUUCUAAUUUUCUAACUCACAAGAAUCGAAAAAUAAUAAAUGAAAAUUCCUAUAUUUAUUUAUUUAUUUGAAAUAUAGACUUUCAAAUUGUGUACCAGAGCUUCAGUUACCCUGAAUUGAAUACAUUCUCUUUAUCUAGUUUGCUUUUGUCAUUACAGGCCGUAGCGAUCUCUCCUUUGGGUACUUCCAGUAUGCAGAGUCUCAGUAUCAGCGACUCAUGUCAAAAGCAACUCUUCAAAUAAUAAAUAUUGGAAACACCCUGACGUCUUAUGGCAGCAGCCAGCUUCAGAGAAUGACAAUGAUCUUCUAUCAGAUAAAAGAAGGUUCUUUGUAUUCUUAAGGAAUCUGCUACUGCGUACUGGAGCAGAUCUUUAUAUGUUAGCAGCAAAGAGAGGACAGUAUGUGCCCCAUUUCACUUUUAUGUCAUUUUUGGAACAAAUUUCUGCUCACUUACCAGUUUACAGAAACCCCAAAAAUCUGAAUACAUUUUACAAACCAGGGAUGUAAUAUCCCUCCAAAUAAGAGUAAAUGAUAAAACCCUAAAUUUUUACCCCACUGAACAGUUAACAUCCCAGGGUCAGCCAAUAAGCAAAGUACCUUCACUAAUGUAUUCUUAAUACCAGUGAUACAGAGAGAGUUCUAUGACAAAGGAUGGAUUUCAAAAAGAAAUCUAGUAUCUGGUCUCAACACAGAAAUGUUCCCUUUAUUAAAUCUAGAAAAUUAUUGUUUAAAAUGCUAAAAAGGAUGGACACAACUUUAUUCUCCUCUACCUUUUGUUGGGUCAAGUUUUUAGAGUGACUUAUUUAUUAAGCCAGAUAUUUUGCUAAAAGUAAUGGGUGCUAAUGACGUUAGAUACAUUGCUUGCUGUAUUUUUUUAAACAUAUAUUUGUUUCCCCCUAAAAAGUGUUGGUGGGUAUUGCAUUCACUGGAAGAGUCACACUGUAUUUAAUAAUCGUACUCAGUGUUCCAAGUUGAUUUCAGUUACUGAUAUUCUAAAUACAUAACACAAAUUCAUAGGUUCAUCCCUUGCAACGCAGUGGGUGGGGCUUAAUGUUAUAGAUAGAACAGGGGGAACAGAAAUGGUUAAUUCAUCACCUGAUCAAAUACAUUUAAAAAAAUGUUCACAUAAAUAGUGUGAUAAGAUGGGUAGACACACUGUAUUUUAUAUUCAAAAAGGGACUUCAACAGAUUUAGUUGUGUUUCAAUUCUUAGAGGUUUCACUGCAGUGUUACAGGCUUAGCACUACCACCAAGUGAGCGCUGCAUGUAUGAACAAAAAUGCAAUCUAUGUUAAAAGAAUAUACUUGAUGCUUGAAUAAGCCUGUACCAAGAUGGCUACUGCGCAUAAUUUUGACACGUCCCACUGUCCCCAGAUGUGUUAUGUGCACGGUAGGCAGCUGUUCUGAUCAGGUUGUUGGAUUUGAUCAGAUGUGAAGACAUCUGUUCUGGCAGCAAUGUUGGCAUAGUCGCAGUAUUCUAUGUAAAAUGCUAGCAAAAAAAACCCCCAGUGUUUAUGCAUUUGACAUCAAAUGAGGCAGGGCAAUAUAUGAUGUAUAAAGUGAUGUGUAUGUUUGCAUGACAAGCACUCUAACAACUAAUUAAAUAGGAAUUAAAAACAUUUGGUAAUGCUAGUUUGGCGGGAGAGAAAAUAAGGUUAAUUCACUUAAAUUAUUUAUGCUAUAAAAUACGCACAUGAUUCCAGAACUUGUGCAUAGAAGAAUGCUUGUUUGCAGCACACUGUAUGUAAUGUGGUGAGAUAGUUGUUGCCCCCUCUGUCUGCCCCAUCUCCUACAUCCCACUUUGACAUUUCCAGUGUUCCAAUUUCAAAUGGCAAAAUCGCAUCCCUUCUCUGCUGUAACUAACACACAUGCAAAGGGAAGGAUUAAUCUUGUGUUAGUGACCGGUUUUAAUACAAGAUGAUGUAAGGCCAGUAAGCCACUUCAUGUAGGUUAUUGUAUUGAAGGUUUAUGGACCGAUUGAACGAAAUUGCUUUGCACAGAGGACUUUCACAAUCUUGUAAACCCUUUGUAAUAUGUUCUAACGUUUUGGUUGCUAAGAUCAUGUUUUACAUUUUACUCAUAUUGCAUCUUGUUGGUUUUAAAAUCUUUGUUUAUUGUGGUUUGUACAUUAUGAUUGUUCCAUAUAAAUUUCCAGUAGGUUCAAUUCCCAAAACCAUACAUAGACCAUUCAUGUCAUGCUAUUAAAGUAUUAAAUUUGUACAAAAAUACUUUACAGUGUAAUACUUGUUUGUUACAAACAAAAAUACAUAUUUAAUUGACAUGAUAAAUGAUUUUUCUUCCCAUAUACGUUUUAUUUUAAAUUUGUAUAUUCACUGGCAGUGUUUUGAACACAGCAUGUUGGUUCAGGAAAAUGCAACCUGUUUAUUAACCAUCACAGCAGUAGUUGGUUAGUAACUUUCACAGACUAAUGGAUACAUGCGUUCCUCUGCUGGAGACUCUCGAAGUUGGCGAAUGCCAGUGGUGUGUGUCAGAUUUUGAGCUGCUGGUGAGUACCCAAUCAAAACAAGAAUCUCUUUAUUGCUUGGAGGGAUAAACGAUUGGCAAAGAUCUUUUAACACAUGUACAACUCUAAAACAAUGACACAUGGCUUGGGGAAACCAGUUUGAUGCUAAAGGUCUUAUUUAUACAACACAAACACCAGAGUUAGUCAGCUCUCACAAUGUAAAAUGCACCAGGGAUGUGAAAUAUAGAACAGGCAAUGUAGGGUUAGGACCAGAGUGCUUUUAUGCCCGUGGAGCUUGGGAUUUAGGACCACUAAUGGGAAUCUUUGACCAAUGGUAUUUUACCUGGAAUUCAAAAUUCUUCAAAAACAUGACUACACAUAAAUGAUGACUUUUUUAAAAUUUUCUCUAUUUUACGGAAAGUUUUAUGUAAGACGUUAAAGAAUUAAACCACAUACUGUACAAUGAGCACUUGUAUUGAAGCCCAGCCCAUUUAACCAAGGAGUACGAUGAUCAGUCCUACAGAUCAUCGACUUGGUAGACAUGAAUCCUGGUCUGAUGACAAAAGUGAAAAUAAUGUACAAAAACCAUGAUUUAAAAAAAAUUCUUCUCCACACCAUCAGCAGCUUUAAAACAUACGUACACGUCUGGUUGUUAUAAUAGAUUCUUUGCGUGGUACACGGACAGUUUUUUGUUUUUUGGGGGGAAAUAAGCCACUUUAAUUCCAGACCUUUCAUUGCACAUUACAAAAAGCCCCCAUAUGUUUGUUCAAGGUCAAGCUUGGAAUGGCACUAAUAUUUUAAGUGUGGUCACAAAGUACUAUCUGAUCAAAAAAAACAUAGGUUUCCUCAUUCUGGUAUUCGAAAGUACCGGUAGUUUAUCUCCCCUGUGCUUAACAGUAGCUUUGCAUGGCGAUAUCGGUGUCUGAAACAUCACAGCCCAAUUAUACGACAGGGAAUUAGCACCAGUUUCUUACUUUUGUCAAAAAUUUAAUUUACUAAAUUAAAAUGCUUUUUGCUAUAAAGUAUUGGUAGAAUCUCUCAUGUUCACUCCUGCCAGACGUCCACUUCCUUGUUGUGAGAAGGGGUCGUGGUCUGUCCAUUCCUCUAGCGGGAGGCUUGCUACAUCUGGUGCUUCACUCUGAGAUGCUAUUGGGUUUCUGCUAAUAACUAAAUCAAGUUUGUUUCCGGAUUCUGCGAUAAGUGGAACAGCUAAGCAGCAGUCAAAGUCUCUGGUGCGGACAUGAUUGACCUACAGUUAGAAGAGAGAGUACAC